AUGUUGACUACAAUGUUUAUUAGUCGAUGUAUAGAAGUAAAGGCAGCACUGCAGGCAAUUGAAAAUAAGUCCAUUGAGUGCACUUUUAGUUUUUUGUUUUGUGUAUGUGACAGAAGUUGCACUGUGGCCACAAAUAUACGUAGGCGUUGAGUGCAGAACUUUUCUCGAUUUUAAUAUGUAUGGGACUCAACCAUGUUCCAGCCAGUAUAUUUUUGAAAUUUGCAUUGAGUGUUUGACUAUGCGAUCGAAGGUUUGACUUCAGUGCAAAUGAUGAUAAUAAUGCAACAAUUAUUGUAAAUAAAACACUAAUUUCUACAUUGGUUUGUGGCCGUCAUUUCUUUAAUAUUGAGCUUGUUUACACUUGAUAGCAGUGUAUAUUGUUCUAAUUGAUAAUCUGCCUAUAACUAGUUAUUUUUACAAAGCUCUGGAUAAGGGUGCCAUGUAAUAAAAUAUUAAAUUAAUAAAUGCUUUUUCUUUACAGACUGUCUUACAGGAUUUGUAAAUACAAUGACUGACAUUAUUUGGAGAUUUACUGGUGAUUUCAUGGCCCCAGACUUUGUCUGCAAAAUUGUGCGCUACAUGCAGGUAAGCAACGUGUAUGAAAUUAUUAAUAUAAUAAACUGUGCAGUAUAUAAAGGACCACUAAAGGCAUCCAGACUCUUUAACUCAAUAAAGUGGUCUGGGUACAGUGACCCUUUAGUUUUUAGCCCUUCAAUAUAAAACAUUGCUGUUUAGACAUGCCUCUAGGGGCUGUCUUCUUUCCAUGAGGAAAUCGAACAUCCUCAAAUGCAGUUCACACUAAAAGCAUUUUUUUGGGCUCACUGUGCACACUCGUCUUUACCACCGCUCAGAGUUACCAUAUUAACCAUGUCUCCAGGGAUACAUAUCAUAUAUACAUAUUGAUGGGUAGCACAUGAAAAUGGUUGUCCUGUAGUAUGUAGAGUUCACAAGAAGGUGAUGAGGCAAUAAAGAAUCCUGCAGGGCAACCCUUUGAAUGCGUUUUCAUAUGACAAAAUUAUAUAUGUCCCUGAAAACAUGGUGGGACAUUGGAUUUAUUGAUAAUUGUGGAAGCUUUAGGUGGCAUAUUUUAAAUUAGAUAUUUUUGGUACCAUGGGUGGGGGAGGGGGAAUCCCCACUGUCUGUUAUUUUACAGGCUUAAUCCCCAUGGGAUAGGGCCUUUUGAGUGACAGAUGUGUUUUGAGGGGGGGGGCAUAAUGGAGAUCUACAUCCUCCCUUAUACUAAUAUAUACUGUAAUAACUAUAACAGUAGAGAUCAGAUGUGUUUGUAGGGGAAAGCAGAGCACAUAGUUAAGCAUUCUCAGCCAAUGAGCUUGGUCCUGCAUGACUGUUCUCUGCUCGAAUGAGCAUCCAGAUUAUCCUGCUUGAGAAAGCCAGGUGCAGUAAUUGCACCAAAGUAAGUUGUCAGACCAUACACAUGUGGGGUGGCUCCAGAGCAUUUCUGGCACCAUAACCACUAUAGUUACAUAGCUGAAAAGAGACUUGCGUCCAUCAAGUUCAGCCUUCCUCACAUAUGUUUUUGCUGUUGAUCCAAAAGAAGGCACAAAACCUAGUCUAAAAUGCUUCUAAUUUUGCAACAAACUAGGAAAAAAUUCCUUCUUGACCCCAAAAUAGCAGUCCGAUGUCUCCUUGGAUCAAGCAGCUAUUACCCCACUAAUUAGAAAUUAUAUCCCUGAAUGUUAUGUUUUUGCAAGUAUUUAUCCAAUUGUAGUCUAAACAUUUCGGUAUAAACCCUGACAAAACCACCUCUUCAGGCAGAGAAUUCCAUAUCCAGUUACAAAUGCAGUGGCCAAAAACAGUAUAGUAAAGAUAUGUGGGGAAUAAUUUAAAUUGCAAACCUUAGUAUGUGAAUUAAAAAGCAGAAUUUAUUGUAUUCCAGCCAAGUAGUUUACAUAAUUUUAAAAAACAUAUAUAUCAAAUAGUGCACUGUUAUUUUAAUGAAAAAAACAUGAAAAAAAUAAGCAUGAUGUCAAACAGUCAUUCAAAAAAGUCUGGGCUAAAAACAUCUAAUGUUUCUUAUUUAAUUAGCUCUAACACUUGUAAAAGCUAAUACUAAUUUUCAAAUCUACAUUUAUUGGAUUAUAAAUUAAUGUUAUGUGUUUUUUGUUUGUUUUUUUUAAAUUCUUUAUGUCAUUCCACAUGAGAGCAAAUCAGCAGUAGACAUGAUAAAUUGCAAGACACAAACAGUUAAAGAUGUCAACAUAUCAGCAACAUUUGAAAAUAUGUGGAAUACUUUAUUUGUCAGUAAAGAGUGAAACAAAGGGGAACAACAUAUGAUAGCUAACUGACAUUUUCCUCAGGGGUUAUUGCUUUAAAAUGCUAUUCCUCCAUGAGGUGUGCCCCUCCCGGCUCUACAAUGGUGGGCAGAGUAUACGCUAAAAGAAAACCAGGAUGGGGGGUGAUAUGUAGGAGCCAAACACAUAUCAAAGCUGCAGCAGGACAGCUUAAUAGGUAAUACUCAAUAAGCAAGCAAUUCUAUUCACUAACUAUGUAUGCACAAUGUAAACAGAAAAAUAAUGAGAUAAAUAAACAUAAAAUCAGCAGCCUUGGGUGAUAGUCAAACAUUUCGUUCUUGGACAGGUGAUAGAACGUUUCAGUGGCGACCGUUCAGGUCUGAGGAUGUGAAAGCAUUGGACGCUGAGCCGCUCAGGUAUGAACUCUGGUACAGUGAAAGGGUCUAAGCCAGACAGGCCCAUAUCUUCCACCCAAUUAACGUAGGUGGACCUCGAGUUCCAUGUGGCUUUGUGUUGUAUAGGUAUUUCCCAUGUGGGUAUGUAGGAGCUGUUUAGGCAGUCCCCACAUGUAUUGAAUGACCUUUGCACAAAGUUGCCGACAGAGUUUUUGCAGGGUUCUGCGUCAGCCAAGGGAGCUUCUAAUGAGUUUCGGGAACAAAGCCAGCAUCGAGCCCUCAAAUAUUAAGUUGGUCUUGCCAGGGGCCGACAAAAGUAGGCCCUUAUCUUGUAGAGAUUGAAUGUGUCGGCCAUAAUGUUGGCCCUCUGUUCAGCAAACAGGGUUUUGAGCUGGUUUGCAGUGACUGUCUCGUUGGCAGUGGGUUGCCUGGGCUUGGGGGCAACGAAGCCUCAGCAUUCGGUUCAAAUGGGUUAUUCUCCGAGUAGUAGGAAGAGCCCUCGUACACCAUCACCAUUUUUUCCCAUACUGCCAAUUGCAAUUUCUGCAGGAGUUUCUCGAUAUCUCGUAAAGAAGGGCCGUUGUCGGCUUUUGGUUUUUUUUAUGCUUGCAUCCCAUUUCACCCUCUUGAAGUCAGAGCGGAAAAGGUCAGCUGGUAAUAGAUUUUCCAAUCCUAAUUUGUAGUAUUUACUAGUUUAGGGCCCAUAGCUCAAGAGAGUGUGACUUCUCCCUUCCUCAGUUGGCUCCGCCCUAAUGUUAUGAGUUUUAACACAAGUGGUUGAGUUAUAGAGCCUUUUCCAGUUCUAUUGCCUUUUGCAACUUUAGUUCCCUGGGUUAUGCUUCAUUUACUCUGCAAUUUCACAAUGAUCCCUAUCUGAUAACUGGGUUAUUUAAAAAAAUAUAUAUAUAUUUAUUUGUACUGGCAGUCAGUUCAGUGUCCAGACAUUACAUAUUAUACAUGUUGAUGAAUCAGGUUUUUAUGUUAAACAACUGUACAUGCAUGGUUAUUUAUGGUUGGUCAUACAUACAUACAUAGUUGUAUUCGGCUGUGGAGUCCCCUGCUCCGACCGUCACAGAUUUAAAAAUGUUUUAACAUGGGGUAAUCUGUACAUUGGUACAGAAAAGAAUAAGAAAGUUAUAGUUACAUCAUCUAUUUUGUAGUAAAUGGGGUUCCCCCUUCAAUAUAAACAAUAUUGACUUUUUACAUCUUUGCCAUUAGAGGGCAUAUGGACCCAGACCUUAUCUCAACCCACUAUGUCGACUGGUGGGGUUGAGGUGGUGGGCACGAUAGGAUGUCUAGAGGGAAGAAUUAUUGGUUUUGAGGGGGAAGUGGUGGGGGGGGGUGUGGAGGUCAUCCAGAGUAGUUUUGGUUUUGUUGCCCUUGGCUGGCCCAAUAGGGGGGUCACAGUGGUCAUCCUGCCGUUUAUAUUAAGGUGUAGAGGCAUGCACCUUAUGUAACUAGUUCAUCAGGUUGUUCCGUGUUCCCCCAAAUUCUCUUCGCCAGGGUGGUGUUUGGUAUCUGUGUUUUUAGUGGUCUCAUUCAGGGGGUGCCAGUGGUCAUACUAUUGUUGCUACCUUUAUAUUAUGGAGUGCCCCUUAUGUAGAAUUGUCCAAAUGUUAUCCCCUGAAUUCCCCAUGUUCUCUUUCCAUUUGUUUUACAGAGGUCGUGUUGAUCAUUGUCAUACCUCCUUGCGGCCCGUGCCGCUCCGGUCCCGUCAUCCUUCCUGCUCCGCGCUGUUUCCAACAGGGGUGUGCGCGGCUUGUCCCGAAAUGCUUAAAGGGAUAGUACCCAAUUAUUGCUCUCUAUUUAUAUUCUACCCUAUUCUAUCCCUAACCUAUCAGAUCUCACCUAGCCCUAUUUAUACCACCUUCUUACAUUGCUUCCUUGCCCUGUUGUGGUUUCUUGUAGCCCGAGAGUGCGUUCUGUUAACUUGUGUUUCUUUCUUAUCUCUGUCUUCCUUGACCUUUGGCUUUGUUUUCUGCUUACGCUUCCUGCUCUAACCCUGACUUUGGCUUGUCUGACGUUCCUAUAUUGUAUUUUUCUUCACGUUAAGUCUGGCCAUUUUAAGGACCGAUAAUACGUUUAUCUGGGGUUGCCUCUCUUGUCCUUUAGUUUGCGUGUUGGGGAGUUCAACCUUGACAUCACGACAGGGCCAUGGACCCUGCAAACUUGGGGCAACAAAUUGCAGCUUGCGAAAAUAGAAUGGAGGGUUUAGAUCGUAGGAUGGAUCAGUUUGCCCAAGCUUUGCAAACCAUCCUUACUAGAACUGCUUGCCUCCAGCAAGAGGCGGACAUGAACAGUGCUCAAGGUGCUGUUUCCUUACUAUCCACGUCCCAUCCUACACCUUCCAUUCGUCUCUCCCCUCCUCCCUGUUACUCCGGGGAUCCGCCUUUAUGCAGGGGCUUUUUGAACCAGUGGGGGUACAUUUUGAAAUGGCUCCCAAUUCAUUUCCCACUGACAGGUCCAAGAUAGCAAACCAUCCUUACUAGAUUAUGAACAUAUUAGAUGAUAAAGCUUUAUCUUGGAUAAAUCCUUUGUGGGAGAAUGAUGAUAUAAUUGUAUUUAAUCUUGAGCUAUUUCGCAGGACUUUCAGGAAUGUGUUCAGUCCUCCAAGCAGAAAGAGAUUAGCUGACAAGGCUUUAUUGAAAAUAAAACAGGGUUCUAGAUCUGUGGCCGACUAUGCCAUUGCGUUCCGUACGUUAGUCUCUGAGGUAACCUGGAAUAAUAGUGCCCUGACAGCUGUUUUUUUUUUUGAGGGACUUACUGAAUCCUUACAAGAUGAGGUGGCAGCUAGAGAUCUUCCAGAGCUCCUCGAGAAUUUGAUACAAUACAUGUCAGACAUAGAUGUAAGGGUCAGGCAGAAGCAUCUUCAUCUAGAUAGGCAAAGAAGGGCUUUAGGGUGAACUGCUCCUCGUCCUAUGGUAACCGGAUUUCCAGCCUUACCGGCAAUUAGGUACUACCAGACUCUCUGAGGCUGAAAAGUCUUACAGAAGGAGGGAAGGGUUGUGCCUAUAUUGUGACAAUAAAGGGCAUUUACGUAACAACUGCCCAUCUCGCCCGGAAAACUCCACCGCCUAAGCUCGUUCAGGGGACUGGCCUUGGGUGUAAUAUCUCUGUCCCCUAAAACAGUUCCACACAGGUGUCUUAUAACUGUAACCUUUAUUGGGGAAAGUUUUGUCACCAAACUAUGGCCCUCAUUGACUCUGGUUCAGCUGACAACUUUAUUGACCAGGCAUUUUCAUCAUCCAUUUCUCUUCCUUUGGAAGAGAGAAAAACACCCUUGACCGUUGAGGCCAUAGAUGGUAGACUUUUAACAGUCCCGUAUGUGACACACCAAACGGAAGCUGUUAUUGUAAUGGUGGGUGCAACACAUCAAGAAAAUUUGUCAUUUCAAGUCGUUUCUUCUCCUUCUUGUCCCCUAGUUCUUGGUUUUCCCUGGUUACAAAAACACAACCCUAUUCUUGAUUGGAGAGAAAGACAGGUUUUGUCUUGGAGCCUCUCCUGUGAACUUACUUGCAUAAAUCAUGUUAGACCUCUCUGCUCUCUUAAUGUUCCUACAUCCCCUCCUCUAUCCACUAUUAUACCACCUCAAUACCAGGAUCUUAAGAAAGUGUUUGAUAAAGUGGAGGCAGACCGUCUUCCUCCUCACAGACACUACGAUUGUGCCAUCAAGCUUCUUCCUGGCACUAUGCCACCCAAGGGGAGAGUAUACCCUCGAUCUCAAAUUGAGAAUAAGGUUAUGGAGGAGUACAUACAAGAAUCUCUAAAAAAGGGAUUUAUUAGAUGUUCUUCUUCUCCAGCAGGGGCAGGCUUCUUUUUUGUUUCUAAAAAAGAGGGGGAUCUUCGCACAUGUAUACCCUUGAUAACAGAACUUUUUGACAAGCUUCGUGGUUCUAAAAUAUUUACCAAACUAGAUCUUAGAGGAGCAUACAAUCUUGUUCGCAUCAAAGAGGGAGAUGAGUGGAUGAUGGCAUUCAACACCCGAAGUGGCCAUUAUGAAAACACUGUUAUGCACUUCGGUCUGUGUAAGGCUCCUGCCGUCUUCCAAGAUCUCAUCAAUGAUGUUUUAAGGAACUAUUUACACACUUGUGCUAUUGUAUAUCUCGACGAUAUACUCAUUCACUCUCCUGAUAUACAAACUCCUCACAUACAGAUCAGAAACAUAUAACAGACACUUCUUGCCAAUGGCUUGUAUUGUAAACUCGAGAAAAUGUUUAUUUGAUCAAACAUCCAUUCACUUUUUGGGUUACAUAAUAUCUGCUAAAGGGUUUCAAAUGGACCCUAAAAAACUGUCUUCCAUUCUUGAAUGGCCUUUACCCAUUGGACUAAAGUCCAUACAGAGAUUCAUUGGGUUUGCUAAUUAUUAUAGACAGUUCAUCAAAAACUUUUCUCAGAUCUUAGCUCCAAUUACUGCUAUGACAAAAAAGGGAGAGGAUCACAUCUAUUGGUCUAUGGACGCUAAGGCCUCCUUCUCUCGCUUUAAGAAAGCUUUUGCAUCUGCUCCUGUCCUAGUACAUCCAAAUCCUUAUAGACCCUUGAUCUUUGAAGUAAAUGCCUCCGAACCCAGUGUGGGAGCUAUCCUUUCCCAGAGUGAGUCUCCAACCGCUCUAUGCAUCCUUGCAGGUUCUUUUCUCAUAAAUUAACACCUGCAGAAAAGAAUGAUAUAGGUAAUAGAGAAUAAUUGGCUAAAACCUUAGCUCUUAAAGAAUGGCGUCACUUACUUGAAGGUUCUUCCAUACCUCUUAUGGUUCUUACUGAUCAUAAGAAUUCAUCAUAUCUGAGUGACGCCAAAAAACUUUCUUCCAGACAGGCACGCUGGGCUUUUUUUCUUUCCCGUUUUAAUUAUCUGAUCUCAUAUCGACCAGGGAAUCGUAAUACCAAAGCCGAUUCACUCUCCAGACAAUUUGCCACUCUCGAUAAGGAGGAGGAAAUAACUGAACCCAUUAUACUCUCUGAGAGAAUUAUUGCUGUAACUAGAACCAGAGUUUCCUCUCCCCUUCUGCACAAAAUUCAAAAGGCUCAAGAUAGGGUGCCUGUUGACAAACCUGCUGAGAAAUAUUUUGUUCUUCUUAAUUUAAGAGGAGAAGUAUUUUGCCACUACCAUGAUAGUAAAAUGGCUGGACACAUGGGGGUGUCCAAAACUAUUGAUUUAAUCGCCCGGCAGUAUUGGUGGCCCUCCCUCAGGAAGGACGUACAAAACUAUGUAUCAUCUUGUGAUGUAUGUUCUCAGUCCAAACCUUCUCAUCAAGUACCAUGUGGUCUUCUGCAUCCUCUUCCUCUGCCAUCUGUUCCAUGGUCACAAUUAUCUAUGGAUUUUAUUGUAGAACUGCCACCAUCGAAAGGUUUUACUGUUAUUUUGGUUGUAGUAGAUCAUUUCUCUAAGAUGGCACACUUAAUUUCAUUAAAAAAAGUUACCGUCUUCUGCUGAAUUAGCUAACAUAUUCUCUAAGGAAAUAAUACGUCUACACAGUAUGCCUGACAUAAUCGUGUCUGAUAGGGGCUCAAAAUUUAUCUUGACGUUUUGGAGGGGCUUUUGCAAAGACAUGGGUAUUGAGCUCGCCUUCUCCUCUGCUUAUCAUCCACAGACUAAUGGUGCUACUGAAAGGACUAAUUAAAGCCUUGAGCAAUAUCUCCGCUGCUUUACGUCUCAACUCCAAGACAACUGGGCUGACCUUCUUCCCUGGGCUGAAUUUGCCAGAAAUAAUGCCAAACAUUCUGCCUCUGGCCACAGUCCCUUCUUCAUCACGUACGGCAAAGGGAUGCCAGUUCUGGAUAAGCACUUGUCUACCAUACAGGAAACUUGGAGAAGGGUUCAUGCCAUCUUGGAGAAGACUACUCUUACUCAGAAAUCCUUUGCUGAUAGGCACCGUAGAUCAGCACCUUCUUAUGUUACGGGUGAUAGGGUCUGGUUGUCUACACGUAAGAUCCAUUUAUGUGUCCCCUCCAUGAAACUAGCUCCUAAAUAUAUUGGCCCCUACAAGGUUCUACGAAGGAUCAAUCCUGUGUCCUACGCUUUGGAUUUACCCAGGAAUCUUCGUAUACCCAACGUCUUCCACACCUCUCUCCUGAAACCGUUGGUUUGCAACAGUCAUUCUAGACCCCGUUCUCGUCCUCCUCCUGUUUUAGUCCAUGGUCAGCAGGAGUACAAGAUCCGACACCUCAUCGAUUCUCGUGGAUCGCUUCAAUCAGGGCUGCCAUCAGAAAUUUUGAGGCCCCUGACACAGCUCAAGGUCUGGGUCCCCCGGUGCCUGCUCCCGAGUCCGCCCAAAGUGCUGCCCCUCACCGAGUCCGCCCACAGGAAUGCAGUGUCUGCAAGGCCGGUGCAAGGAUUUUUGCCGCCCUAGGCAAAAGUAAAGUUUGCCGCCCCCCCCGUGUGACAUCACAAUGCCCCACCCAUAUGAUCUGCCAUGUUAACUAACACCAGUGCUGCAGUGCCGCCGUGUUUACAUUAAAAGGCCUGCAGGGACAGGCUACGCACCAGAACCACUACAUUAAGCUGUAGUGGUUCUGGGGACUAUAGUGUCCCUUUAAUGUGAGGUAAAUUAGAGAUUAGUGCCACAAAUAAUAUACUAGAUUGCCUACUUACAACCAGAUGAGGAUGAUGAUGGGCUCUAGCUGCCGUCUGGCUCCACUGGUCUGGUGUAGAACAGGCUCUCUGGAGGCUGUUUGUAACUGUGGUCACAAAAAUCAAUGUUCUGGGAUCAGCUCCAUUUUUUUGAGGGUCCUUUACACAGCUCAAGGUCUGGGUCCCAGGGUCCACCUUCAUGUUCCACCAAUGAGUUUGUUCACAGGGGGUGGAGUGUGUGUGGGGGGAUGUCCUGAUGUGUGUAAGGAAUGCAUUGUGUGAAUCUGUGUUUGUAUGUGUAAGGGCUGCAAGGUGAGUUUGUGUAUGUAUGGGAUGCAGUGUGUGAAUCUGUAAGGGAUGCAUUGUGUGUUGCUGUGUGUAAAGGAUGCAUUGCAUUGUGUGUUUUUCUGUGUGCAAUGGGUGCAUUGUGUGUGUGUGUGAUGGAUGUCAAUCUCUCCCCCUCCCCCCGCCAAUUUCCUUCUCCCCCUCCAAUUUCCUUCUUCUCCCCCUCCCACCCUCUCUCCAAUUUCCUUAUUUUCCCCCCUCUCCAAUUUCUCCCUCUCCAAUUUCCUUCUUCUCCACCACCCUCCAAUUUCCUUCUUCUCCCCCUCCAAUUUCCUUCCUUUCCCCCUCCCUCUCAUUUCCUUCUCCCCUUCAAUUUCCUUCUUCUCCCCCCUCCAACUUCCUUCUUCUUCCCCCUUCCUCCUCUUCUCCCUCCCCUCCUCAUCAAUUUCCUUCUCCCCCCCUCAAUUUCCUUCCUCCCCCACUCAGUUUCCUUUCCCUUUCCUUCCUCUCCCCCCUCCAUGUCCUUCCCACCUCAAAUUUCCUUCCUCCCUCCCUAAAUUUCCUUCCUCCCCAAAUUUCCUUCCUUUCCCCUCCCUCUCAGCCUCCCUCAAAUUUUCCUUCCUCUCCCUCCUCAAAUUUCCUUCCUCACCCCCCCCUCCCCAAUUUACUUCCUCCCCUCAAUUUCCUUCCCUCGCCCUCCAAUUUCCUUCCUCUCCCGACCUCAAAUUUCUUCCUUUCCCCUCCCUCAAAUUUCGCCUCUCUCCCCCCUCCUCUCCUUUUCCUCCCCCCUCAAAUUUCCUUCCUCCCCCCCUGGGGGAAUUUCCUUCUCCUUCUCCCCCCUCCAAUUUCCUUCCUCUCCCCCCCUAAUUUCCUUCCUUCUCCCCCCUCUCCAGACUUCCUUCUCCCCCCUCAAAUUUUCUUCCCCCCCUCCCCCAAAUUUCCUUCCUUCCCCUCCCAAAUUUCUCUUUCCUUUCCCCUCCCUCCCUCAAAUUUCCUUCCUCCCCCCCUCAAUUUCCUUCCCCUCCCUCCCUCAAAUUUCCUUCCUCCCCCUCAAAUUUCCUUCCUCUCCCCCCCUCCCUCAAAUUUCCUUCCUCCCCCCCUCAAAUUCCUUCCUCUCCCCCCUCAAUUCCCUCCCCUCCAAUUUCCCUCCCCUCAGAACAACUUCUCCGUUCCUUCCUCUCCCCCUCCUCAAAUUUCCUUCCUCUCCCCCCUCCUCAAAUUUCCUUCCUCUCCCCCCCUCAAAUUUCCUUCCUCCCUCAAAUUUCCUUCCUCUCCCCUCCAAUUUCCUUCCUCCCCCUCCCCAAGUUUCCUUCCCUCCCCCCCUCAGUUCCUUCCUCCCCCCUUAAAUUUCCUUCACUCUCCCUCCUCCCUCCUCUCCCCCUUAAAUUUCCUUCCUCUCCCCCUCCCUUAAAUUUCUUUCCUCUCCCCCCCUAAAAUUUCCUUCCUCUCCCUCCCUCCUACCUCAAAUUUCCUUCCUCUCCCCCUGACACACGGCCGACGCACGAGGGAGCACUCUCCCUGGCUGAGUACUUAGUCUUCAGCUCCCUCGUGCGCCGCGUACUGAUGCCGGCGCCGGAAGAUGAUGUCAUCUUCCGGCUCCGACAUCAGUGCGGUGCGCGAGGGAGCUGAAGAGGAAGUACACAGCCAGGGAGAGUGCUCCCUCGCGCGUGCACCCGCCCGCCGGGUUUCAGCAGGGCCAGCCUCUGGGUGCCCUGAGGUGACCGGCUGCUGAGCCCCCCAGGAGAAGAGGCUGGCCCAGUGGGUACAUACCGGGGUCGCAGGGCCCCCUGCGACCGGGUAUGUACACCACUGAAUGUGGUGCGCGGACGACCUGAGCAGUCCGGGCCCAUGGCAACCGUUACGGUUGUCAUGCCCUGAUGGCGGCCCUGGCUUCAAUACUUGGUCCAUUGGAGGGGUUAUGGACCUGAAGAACGCUCUUGGGUUCCUGCUUCUGAUGUUCAUGCGCCCCGACUUCUUCGUGCGUUACAUGCUAGGUUUCCUUCUGGUGUUUCUCCAGUGGGCGUUCCUUCAGGGGGGGGGGUUUCUGUCAUACCUCCUUGUGGCCCGCGCCUCUCUGGUCCCGUCGUCCUUCCUGCUCCGCCGGGCUGUGCGGACCUCUGGUCGGCGUUGCACGCUCGCUGUUUCCGACAGGGGUGUGCACGGCUUGUCCCGAAAUGCUUAAAAGGAUAGUACCCAGGUAUUGCUCUCUAUUUAUAUUCUACCUUAUUCUAUCCCUAACCUAUUUAUACCUCCUUCUUACAUCACUUCCUUGCCCUGUCGUGGUUUCUUGUAGCCCGAGAGUGCAUUCUGUUAACUUGUGUUUCUUUGGUAUCUGACUUCGGCUUGUCUUCUGGUUAUUCUUAUCUCUGGCUUCCUUGACCUUUGGCUUUGUUUUCUGCUUACGCUUCCUGCUCUAACCCUGACUUUGGCUUGUCUGACAUUCCUAUAUUGUAUUUUUCUUCACGUUAAGUCCGGCCAUUUUGAGGACCGGUAAUACAUUUAUCUGGAGUUGCCUCUUGUCCUUUAGUUUGCGUGUUGGGGAGUUCAACCAUGACAAUCGCAUGUUGUGGGGGGGGGGGAGAGGAUAGGGGUGUUGCGGUGCCACUUGUGAUCAUUGUGUGUAUCAGUAAUUAAAUGCUCCCUGUUUGUUUGUGUAAGCUUGGUAAGUGUCAGCAGCUUUGUCUUCCUCCUGCUGCCCUGUCCCAAGCCUUCUGUGAUGGGAAGUGCGGUGUGGGGUUGGGGCUGGGGGGGGGAGAAAGUGGGAGAAGGUAGCGAGGGGGUGGAGGGGAGCUGGAUGCCUUUCCUCCCACUGCAGGCCCAGACAGCGCACAUAGGGCCCCCUGAAGUUUUUAUUUCGUCCUUAUUUGUGUGUGUACAGUUAUUGACAUAUGUCUCCCAGGGCUGCCAAGUCUUUAUAAAAUGUUUCUCUGUGUUUCUAAUCUGGGCAUCAGUUUGUUCAUCAGGUAGUUGUCUUUAAUCUUUAUGACUACUUCUUCUAUUGUGGGUGUUCUUGAGCCAGGACUGUACCAGGGCUCGUCUGGCUGCUAGGGUGAGUUUAAGAGUUUUUUUGCUCCUUUGAGAGGAGUCAGUGGGUUUGGACAACAAAAAAGACCAAGGGUCCAUAUCUAUCUGUCAUUUAAAUAUGUUUGUUAGCAGGGUCUGGACCUGCGACCAAAAUCAACUGACCUUUGGGCAUGCCCACCAAAUAUGUAUAAAUGUGCCCUUGUCCCCACAGUCCUUCCAGCAUGUAUCAGUCGUGAUUUUUCACAUUCUGAAUAAUUUUACCAGGGUUGUAUACCACCUCAUCGGCAUUUUAUAUAAUUGUUCCUGUUGUAAUACGCAGAUAGAUGUUUUGGCUGUUGCUUCCCAAAUGUCUGCCCAGUCCUCUCCCUCUAGUGUCCGUCCUAGGUCAUUUUCCCAGUUAUGUAGCUAGGGUCAUUGUCCCUCUCUGGGGCGCUAAGCUGUGUAUACAGCAUUGAAAUUAGGCCCUUCUGAAUGGUUUCUGUGAUGCAGUUUCUCAUGAAAGGUCAUGAGAUCUUGUGCAGCUUUGUCCACCAUUAGGUCUCUAGCAAAGUCUUUUAGUUAAAUAUAUAGAAAAUAGUCUUUGGUUGUAAGGGGUGCUAACGUUUUGAGGUUUUUGAACGUUCUGAAGGUUUUGUUUUCAAACAUUUGAUAGUAUUUUUGAAUUCCAGUGGCCUGUCUGUCCUGGAAUUCUUGUGCGCUCAUCCGGGCUCAAACACCCCAUUUCUCAGGUAUGGAGUCAACGGGGAAAUAUGGAGUAUGGAGUCCCCAAUAAAGGAGUGGUUCUGUAGGUGGUGACCACAGACCACUUCUCAGUUCCUAUGCUUCCUGGCUGAUGUUUUGGUCACUUUUGAAUGCUGGCGGUGCUUUCACUCUAGUGGUCGCAUGAGACGGAGUCUACAACCCACACAAGUGACUCAGGUAGUGCAGCUCAUCCAGGAUGGCACAUCAAUGCGAGCUGUGGCAAGAAGAUUUGCUGUGUCUGCCAGAGCAUGGAGGCGCUACCAGGAGACAGGCCAGUACAUCAGGAGACGUGGAGGAGGCCAUAGGAGGGCAACAACUCAGCAGCAGGACCGCUACCUCUGCUUUUGUGCAAGGAGGAAAAGGAGGAGCACUGCCAGAGCCCUGCAAAAUUACCUCCAGCAGGCCACAAAUGUGCAUGUGUCUGCUCAAACGGUCAGAAACAGACUCCAUGAGGGUGGUAUGAGGGCCCGACGUCCACAGGUGGGGAUUGUGCUUACAGACCAACACCGUGCAGGAUGUUUGGCAUUUGCCAGAGAACACCAAGAUUGGCAAAUUCGCCUCUGGCGCCCUGUGCUCUUCACAGAUAAAAGCAGGGUCACACUGAGCACAUGUUACAAACAUGACAGAGUCUGGAGAACGUUCUGCUGCCUGCAACAUCCUCCAGCAUGACCGGUUUGGCAGUGGGUCAGUAAUGGUGUGGGGUGGCAUUUCUUUGAGGUGCCGCACAGCCCACCAUGUGCUCGCCAGAGGUAGCCUGACUGCCAUUAGGUACCGAUAUGAGAUCCUCAGACCCCUUGUGAGACCAUAUGCUGGUGCGGUUGGCCCUGGGUUCCUCCUAAUGCAAGACAAUGCCAGACCUCAUGUGGCUAGAGUGUGUCAGCAGUUCCUGCAAGACGAAGGCAUUGAUGCUAUGGACUGGCCUGCCCGUUCCCCAGACCUAAAUCCAAUUGAGCACAUCUGGGACAUCAAGUCUCGUUCCAUCCACCAUCAUGUUGCACCACAGACUGUCCAGGCGUUGGCAGAUGCUUUAGUCCAGGUCUGGGAGGAGAUCCCUCAGGAGACCAUCCGCCACCUCAUCCGGAGCAUGCACAGGCGUUGUAGGGAGUUCAUAGAGGCACGUGGAGGCCACACACACUACUGAGCCUCAUUUUGACUUGUUUUAAGGACAUUACAUCAAAGUUGGAUCAGCCUGUAGUGUGUUUUUCCACUUUUAAUUUUGAGUGUGACUCCAAAUCCAGACCUCCAUGGGUUGAAAAUGUUGAUUUCCAUUGUUUAAUUUUUGUGUGAUUUUGUUGUCAGCACAUUCAACUAUGUAAAGAACAAAGUAUUUCAGAAGAAUAUUUAAUUCAUUCAGAUCUAGGAUGUGUUAUUUUUGUGUUCCCUUUAUUUUUUUGUGCCAGUAUGUGUGUGUGUGUAUAGAAACAUAGAAACAUAGAAUGUGACAGCGGAUAAGAACCAUUCGGCCCAUCUAGUCUGCCCAUUUUUCUAAAUACUUUCAUUACUCCCUAGUCUUAUCUUAUAGUUAGGAUAGCCUUAUGCCUAUCCCACGCAUGCUUAAACUCCUUUACUGUGUUAACCUCUACCAUUUCAGCUGGAAGGCUAUUCCAUGCAUCCACUACCCUCUCAGUAAAGUAAUACUUCCUGAUAUUAUUUUUAAACCUUUGUCCCUCUAAUUUAAGACUAUGUCCUCUUGUUGUGGUAGUUUUUCUUCUUUUAAAUAUAGUCUCCUCCUUUACUGUGUUGAUUCCCUUUAUAUAUUUAAAUGUUUCUAUCAUAUCCCCCCUGUCUCGUCUUUCCUCCAAACUAUACAUGUUAAGAUCCUUUAACCUUUCCUGGUAAGUUUUAUCCUGCAAUCCAUUAACCAGUUUAGUAGCCCUUCUCUGAACCCUCUCUAAGGUAUCAAUAUCCUUCUGAAGAUACGGUCUCCAGUACUGUGUACAAUACUCCAAGUGAGGUCUCACCAGUGUUCUGUACAAUGGCAUGAGCACUUCCCUCUUUCUACUGCUAAUACCUCUCCCUAUACAACCAAGCAUUCUGCUAGCAUUUCCUGCUGCUCUAUUAUAUUGUCUGCCUACCUUUAAGUCAUCAGAAAUAAUCACCCCUAAAUCCCUUUCCUCAUAUGUUGAGGUUAGGACUCUAUCAAAUAUUCUGUACUCUGCCCUUGGGUUUUUACGUCCAAGAUGCAUUAUCUUGCACUUAUCCACAUUAAAUGUCAGUUGCCACAAUUCUGACCAUUUUUCUAGUUUACCUAAAUCAUUUGUCAUUUGGCUUAUCCCUCCUGGAACAUCAACCCUGUUACAUAUCUUAGUAUCAUCAUCAAAAAGACAUCCCAUAUAUAUGUGUGUGUGUGUGUGUGUGUGUGUGUGUGUGUGUGUGUGUAUAUAUGUGUGUGUGUGUGUGUGUGCAUAUAUAUAUAUAUAUAUAUAUAUAUAUAUAUUUAAAUUUUACAUUAUUAUUUAGUUUAUUUAAUGUAUUUAUUAUUUUAAUUACAAUUGGUAUGCCAAGAUGGGGUUCAUUUUUAUUCCUGGGCUACCAUACGGUCUCAAAGGCAACAUAGGCCCAGCAACCCAAUCUGGCAAAUUUCAAUGGGAAAAGGGGAAACCCUAUAUUUGACCCCUGUAAGUUUCAAAACUCAUAAAACCUGUACAUGCGGGGUACUAUGGUACUUGAGACAAUGCUGAACACAAAUAUGUGUAUUUUAUUGCAGUAAAAUCUAACAGUAUUUUGACAUUCACAGUUAAAAUGUCAUGCAGAACUUGAAAAAUAACAUAUUUUCUUAAUUUCUCAAACUUUUUUGGAUCUUUUUUUCACCUUCAAUUAUGUUUCAUAUAUAAACAUGUGAUAUUAAAUGAAAGUCCAGUGUCUCUUGCACAAAAUGAUAUAUAAUAAGUGUGGGUGCACUUUAUAUGAAAGAGGUGAAUUAUGGUUGAACAACAUAUAGCGCAAAUAUUAGGUUUUGUUUACAUUUUGUUUUGAUCACAACUUGUACAAUUGGCUCCGUCCUUAAGAUGUUAAACCUUUGAUGUUUUGGUUUGUGCGUAUAUGCUGGAGGAGUGGCUCCAGCGCUAAGAUAAACAGUAGGGGAGAGAGCGGGCAAUUCUGCCUGAUUUUUUAGAAGCGAACGGGAUAGGGGACGACACCGGUAAAUUUGUCUGUGCUUUUUGUUCUGAGUACAGGGCCCUGAUCCCUGUUAUGAAGGGUUUUGGUAACCGUAUGUGUAAACAGUUAGUGUCACUGGACAAUGUCGAACGCUUUCUCCACGUCCAGGAAAAACAGGGAUUCUAAUCUGUUCUUUUUGCGGUUUGUUGCCAGUUUGAUCAAUGAACCUCUUAUGACCACUUUGUGCGCUGCCCACACUGUGGAGUGUGUAAGGUCAGGAGUUUGAUUUGCUGUGUAUCUGUUUUGCUUUUUUGUCUUGAUCUUUGAGAAGUGAACCUUUCAGUCUCCAUUUCCAUGAGGGAUAAGUGCCUGGCAGACGUAGCAUAAGCUCUAUGUCAUACCAAGAGAUGAGGUUGAUGCAGGAGGACUGAACCCACCUGACCCCCAUCUGAUUGACCAGAAAUAGGUGGAUACAUGAGUACGUGGAAUGGGUUGCAGAAUAAAAUGUGUAAUCUCUGGGUCCUGGAGUCUCCAGGGAUUCAGCAUUCCAGUGUUGCGAAUAAACAUCUCUAAUAGUUUAUCCUGGCCCCCUCUGCCAUGUGAUCUUUGGAGGCCCUUUUUGCCACUGCGGUCUACUGCCGGGCACAGUGUUGCAUUUAGGUUCCCCCAAUUAUAACGACCCCGUGUGGCAGGGCAGUGACUAAAUUCUCUAUUUUUUCCCAGAAACUGGGUUCAGGGUGGUUCUGUGAGUAAAUGUUUAACACAAGUGGUAUGUAGUAGUUUGAAUCAUCCCUGUGAGGAGUGUGAAUCUGCUGUCUGAGUCAGUUUGGGUAGAGAGUACUUGUAAUGGGCAUCUUUUGUGUUGGAGUAUUUCUACUCCAUUUCUCUUACUUUGGGCUUGGGAGGCAUUGGCUCUAGUAUAGACGUGGUCCAUCAGUUGAGCCUGAGAUGAGCUCAAAAUGUGUGUCUCCAAGCACCCUAUCACAGCUCUGGAUGAUUUAGUCUUUUCAAAGUAAUCCUAUGGUAUAACCUUCAUUGGGUGAACAUGUAACAAUAUAAACAGGUAACAUUUAACAUUGUGUAUUGAAUAGUAUAUAUUAAACAUUUGUCGCUCUGAACUUUACUAUUGUGUUGUUAUGUCGUAGAGGUCUGUUUAGGUUUCUGCCUCUGUCUAUCUCUGUCCCUCUCCCUUAUUGGUCUUAGUAGUGUGUUUACUGUGAGGUUAUGUGGUGUGUCUCUUGUCUGUCCCAGGCUUGUGUGAUGGUCCCUACCAGUAUACUUGUGUUACAGAUAGUGCCCUUAGGUAGUUGCUAGUUUACUUUUAACGGGUAGGAUGGUGUUUCCCGUGUUUUGGGUCAAUGGCGUGAUGGGGUAGGGUUGAGUCUACUCAGACAUGGGAGUUUAUAGGUGUAUUGAGCCCUGUCCCUGCGUUUCUAUCUAUGUCUUUGUUAUGUGUGUGUUGUCAGCCCUGCGCAGUACCCUCACGUUUUCUGUCAUAUGUUGUUGACCUAGCAUCCAGGGCCGUCUUUAAGGAGGGGAAAACGGGGCAGCUGCCCUGGGCCCAGUUACUCAUGGGGGGCCCAAAGCAGCUGCCCCGUGGGCCCCGUCGCCUGCAAUAAAAAUUUAUUUUUUUUAAAUAUUUCCCUACCUAAUGGGCCCGCGGUGCUAGUAUUGUGGCUGCACCGGGGCCCGCACACUAAGGGGCCCCCCCGGGUGGCCCAUACCUUUAGGGCCACCCAGUGAGCAUGUUCCAGCAGGGGUCCGGUCGGCGCUGUGGCCCUUUAACAGGGCGACCGGGCCCCUUGCUUAACGGCUGCAUGGGAGGAAGUGACGUCCGCGAAUCACUUCCUCCCACCUCAAAGAUAUCGGGCCGCGCGGGAGGCUGCUGAGCCAGCAUCCAGUGAGGAGGGGGAGCAAGGAGAGCCAGACCCCCAACUCCCAACUACCCCAGCCAGCACACUGGACCCCAGGGAAGGAAGACUCUUUCAAAGGUAGGAAACUGAAGAGUGUCUGUCUGUGUGUGUCAGUUUGUAUGUCUGUCUGUGUGUCAGUAUGUAUGUGUCAGUCAGUAUAUGUCUGUGUGUCAGUUUGUAUGUCUAUGUGUGUGUCAGUAUGUAUGUCUGUGUGUCAGUAUGUAUGUCUAUGUGUCAGUAUGUAUGUCUAUGUCAGUUUGUAUGUCUAUGUGUGUCAGUAUGUAUGUCUGUGUGUCAGUAUGUAUGUCUGUGUGUCAGUAUGUAUGUCCGUGUGUCAGUUUGUAUGUCUAUGUGUGUGUCAGUAUGUAUGUCUGUGUGUCAGUCAGUAUAUGUCUGUGUGUCAGUUUGUAUGUCUAUGUGUGUGUCAGUAUGUAUGUCUGUGUGUCAGUAUGUAUGUCUAUGUGUGUGUCAGUAUGUAUGUCUGUGUGUCAGUAUGUAUGUCUAUGUGUGUGUCAGUAUGUAUGUCUGUGUGUCAGUUUGUAUGUCUGUGUGUCAGUAUGUAUGUCUGUGUGUCAGUUUGUAUGUCUAUGUGUGUGUCAAUAUAUAUGUCUGUGUGUCAGUUUGUAUGUCUGUGUGUCAGUAUGUAUGUCUGUGUGUCAGUUUGUAUGUCUAUGUGUGUGUCAGUAUGUAUGUCUGUGUGUCAGUUUGUAUGUCUGUGUGUGUGUCAGUAUGUAUGUCUGUGUAUGUGUCAGUAUGUAUGUCUGUCACAGUGUCAGUAUGUCUGUCACAGUGUCUGUGUGUGUGUGUGUGUGUGUGUGUCAGUGUGUAUCUGUAUGUUGUCAGUAUGUAUGUAUCUGUGUGUGUGUGCCAGUGUGUAUACCUGUGCAUGUAUCUGUAUGUAGCCAAUGUGUGUCUGCAUGUGUGUCAGUGUUUGUAUCUGCAUUUGUCAGGUUAUGUAUCUGUGUGUCUGUAUGUUGUCAUUGUGUGUGUCUGUGUAUCUGUAUGUUGUCAGUGUAUCUGCGUGUAUGCAUGUGUGCCAGGUUGUGUGUCUGUAUGUGUGUGUGUCAGUGUGUGUAAAUGUGUCUGUAUAGCUGCAUCUGUAUGAUUGUGUAUAUCUGUGUAUCUGCAAGUGUUUCUGUGUGUGUAUGUGUAUCACAGUGUGUGUGUGUGUGUGUGUGUGUGUGUUUGUGACAGUGCAUGUGUAUUUGUGCAUACAUCUCAGCAUUCAACACUACACGCAAAUACACACCUGCAUUCAAACUUCAACACUACAUAUAAACACACCUCUUUUUUUAAACAACAAAAUUAUAUAUAAACCAACACUACACAUAAAUGCAUACUUGCAUUUAAAUGCCAUCUCCACAUACAAACACACCCCUACAUUCACACAAACAUACUCCAUACAAAAACAUGCUUACACUCAAACACACAAAUACUGCUCAGUGCUAAAUAUAACCCUGCAUGCAUAGGAAAAUGGUAGCGCCCCAGCUGUCAAAGCAUUAUUGGAGUUGCAUGACAGAUGGGGAUCUACCUUUUUCCCCCUCUUGCCCAAAAUAAUUCAUGCACCAGAGCCCUCUCUACUUUACGUCCGCCUCUGCGUUGGGGUGGGGGGGCAUGAUUGCAUGCCAGGGAGGGGACGACCGGGUUCAGGGGGCCCAAGCAAAUGUUUGCCCAGGGUCCAAUCCAUAUUAAAGACGGCCCUGCUAGCAUCUGUGAUCGGAUUACAAUGUAGUAUGGUAUAACAGGUACGUUGCAAUAUAGCCAUUUACAUCGGGUAUCCCAUCCAUACAUUUCACAUGUUCGCUUUCCCUGGGGUCUACCAGUCUGAGAGGUGGUGCUGAACAACUGUUUUUUUUUUAUGACCAGUGUCAAGGAAUCCUUGUUGUUCCAUGUGUGUGUUCCUUAGUAUUUCUAUUUUGUCUCUUUUUUGUUUACAUUGUUUUUUUUGUUUUGUUUUUCAACAUCUCAAUAGUGUUUUUUUAAUUUUUUUAUUUAUUUAUAUGUGCUUUUUGUUUUUUAGGAUUUGCCCUUUUUUGUUGGUUUGUAUGUUUUGAUACUAUCUAUUGACCCAGCGCUUGUCUAUCAUUUGUUUCUAGUAAAUGCAGUGUGUGUGUAAAUGUGGUCCUUUUGUGGGUAUUUUGGAGGGGGGUGGGAUUCACUAUCGAGAUACCUGGAUUUAGUAGGGGUCGACAGGGUGUGUGAGACUAAGGCCUUGAGGGAUCUUUAUGGGCAGGUGAAGCUACUUAUGAUCCCUUAUUACGUCCUUUUUUGAGGGGGAGAAGGGGUUACGGAGCAUAUCGUUGUUUUUUCUGUCGGCCCUAUGGGCGCAUAUGUGUGUAUGAACUGGCAAUCUAGCAUCCUAGCUUUUGAACCAUUAAAUAAUUAACACAUGCCGGGGAACACUGACGUGUCUGGUUGCCAACAGUGACCGUUGUGGGGUUGCGAGUGUCCCUCUUGUUCUGCGGUAGUCUACGGGGUUAGUACCCUGUGCUCUGCCUCAUCUCCUGGCAGAUGGCCGAGUGCACUAGGGAUCCUGCUGGGGAUCCAAAAAUAUUCUGGGACCUCAAUGCCUAUGUCCCGGAGGAAGGUCCUUGGGUCUGCAGACGGCAGGAGUACCGCGGGUCUCAGGCCAUUGAAGAUCAGCAUUAUAAAAAGGUGUCCCCAGGUGAAGUUGUAUCCUUUGGCACAUACUAGGUCUGCAAUUGGCUUCCAUUCCCGUCUGCAAAAUAGUGUAACCGGUGCGAUGUCUUGGUAUAGGUGUGAAGGGCAAUCUUCGUAGGUGUAUACGUGGUUUCUGCUGCUUUUCAUAAUGGCUUCUUUGGUGGAGAAGAAAUGCGACCUCAUGAUCACAUCUCUUGGUGGGCCACUGGGGGGGCCUCUAGCUCUCAGUGCUCAAUGUGCCCUGUCGAUAUUCCAGAGAUGGUCCGAUACAUCGGGCAGCUGUGUCUUGAAUAUCAUUAUUAAUACUGACUGGAUGUCCGAAUCCUUCACACUCUCUGGGAGGCUUCUGACUCGCAGACUGUUGCAUCUGGAUCUGUUUGAGGCGUCCUCCAGAUCUGUUUCCAAUUCGGCAACUCUGGUGAGUAAUGUGUUAGUGACUGUAGCUGCUUCAUUGUGUGCUGUCACCACGUGGUCCAUCUGCCAUUAUAAGGCCUCUGUAGGUUGGCCUUCUGCUUGUAUUUUGUUUUUCACCUAUUUUGCUGAGUACUUGAUCUCCGCUGCCAAAAAGCAUUUGACCUCUGAUAGGCACUGGAGAAUUGCGCCUUGUGUCUCGGUCUGUGGUAGAUAUUCGAAAUAUAUUGAUCCUGGGGAGCAAGGCGAGGCAGAUCGCACCAGGCAGUCACCAUCUUUGGACACAUAUGUCUGCUACUGACCGGGUUCCCUCUCUGGUUUUCUUGCUGGAUUUGCAGCUUGUUAUGGAUGCUGGUACGUUCCCCUCUCUUCUGGGUAGGUUCAGAGUCGUCAGUGUCAGGAUUAUUUGCUGUUUGCAUGGCGUUUUUUUAGUUUUGCAUGCGGCGCUCUAAGCUUAGGGAGCCAUUACUCUCGGCAGUCAAGCCAUACCCCAUGAUAACUGACUUCUAAUAUGAGAUGUAAACAGUUCUGAGAUUGUUUUUAUAGUAAUUUUUCUUUUUGCUCAUAGAUCCAUUUGUAUCUUAAAUCAACUGACUCCCCUGGUUUGUAAUUGCAUUUACACAGCAGGAGAACUAAAGUAGAAAGGGCCCAUGUGCACACAUUUAUUUGGAGCCCACCAUCAGAAAAAAAGUAGAUUCCAGUCUGUUGUACAAUUUCCACAAUGCUUUGACAGCUGGUGAUCUACCAUUUGACCAUCCUUGCAGAGUUGUAUUUAGUACUGAGCAGUAUCUGUAUGCUUGAAUGUAAGCAUGUGUUUAUAUGGAGUAUGUGUGUGUAAAUGUUGGGGUGUAUUUGCAGUGCCCGUCCCUGCACUGUCAUCCCACCUUCUUGGCUAAGAUUAUUGAGAUCAGUGAACUCAGCCAAUCCAAUGCUUUCCAAAAGUUAAAACUGGGGAUAUGGCACUCAGACCACUUAAUUGCAUUUUUUAAACAAUGUUACUUUUACUCUGACUGCAAUUUAGCAGACUGGUCCCAUUUAGGUAAAUGGUUAUCCAUACAAUAGAUUUAAACAAAGAGUUAACCAGUAAAGCAAUAUGAAAACAGUACAUUAUUUAAAGCACACGAGGAGUAGCAUACCUGCAUAUAAGCGAUGUAUACACAAAGCCAUGUAAUGACAUUAUCUCACUUACAGGGAACUCUAAAAAUGUUAAACACAAUGUUUUUGAUCGAUAAACACAUUAUUUUAUUACUCUACAUAUUACAUAUAGGGUUUUUAGGCAUACUACAAAUGUUGAUCAGGACAAACAGUUUCUCUAAUUGAUGGGUUAAGGGAAAUCUUUUUUAAUAAAUGUAUGUUGAAUUUAUUCCAUUCUCUACUCCAUUCUUCAUAUUGUUAUAAUGAAGCUAUUGCAAGCUAUUGUUUAUAUGAAGCUAUUGCUUAUUUGAAGCUAUGCCUGUUAUUGUUAUGCUACUUGGGUUAUUUGGGUUGGAACUCAACUGCAGCUUGUAGAACUCACUAAUUACAAUAGUAAAGAAACGGAGAAUCUUUAAAGUAUCAAUACUGUAGCUUUAAGAAAAGAGAGGAUUGCUGGUAACUUGAGAUUCCAAAAAAGUUUUAAUAAUUGUUAAACUUAAAAGAAUUGCAUUCAGGCAAUAAUCCAAUAAGAAGUAGUGCAGGUUCAAAUAAUACAAAGUUCAUUAAUAAGUAUUUCCUCAGAGAUGCAUUAAGUAAGAUUCUUUAGGUUCCUGAGAAUAAACUUCAAUAGAAAAAUUAAGCAAGUAGCUGAGAGAAGCAAGAACAGUUCAUAGUUAAUAAGCAUGAUGGGAGUUGUCCUCCAUAUAAUUAGUAACUUGAAGCAGAGAAGAAGUGAGCAAGCAGGAAUUAGUUCAUUGAUAAGUGAGAUUGCAGACAAUAGUUGAAAGCUAUACUUAAGGUUAAUGUGAGUUGUCCUCGAAGAGUUCAGAGAUAUAGUCCACUUGUAAAGUAGAAGGUUAUCCGUUCUCCAGUAAUCCUCUAUGGCAUUAAGCAUAUUCCUUCCCUCAGCUCAGAAGGCUAGGACGGCUUAUCAGAGCUUGUGGAGCCGUCAUGUAUCCGGAGCCGGCGUGCAUACCCGGAAGUAGGUCCCACAAUCACCAAGCGCCUUCUCCCUGGCGCGGUCUCUCUAAAUACUGUCAGAGCCGCGUCAGAGGGGGGCGGGGCUGGCUCAGCAUAGCGGAGUGCGGAACCCGGAAGAGAUACCGCAUGACAGUUAUUUCAAGUUACAAAAGUAAUGUUAGAGCCACAUGGUGAAGAGUAAAAGGUAUGAGAAUAGAAUUUCUGUGCAAAUUGUUGUAGAAAUACUGACAUACUUAUUCUGUGAUUGUCUGUAGUUUUGUGUUAUGGAAAUAUAUGACUAGACUGCUCCAUAAUCUUUGAGUACAUUUUUAUUUUUCUGAUCUUAAAGUUGCAUCGUACAAGUAUUGACAGUGACAACACAACUGUCUUUAUAAAAAAAUAAACCAUUAUCAUAAAAAAACUUUUUAUUUAAAGAAUGUCAUACUUCGAUCAAAAUCUAGAUUGAUCUUUGUGAUUUUUAUUUGUCAUAGCUUCAUCCUUUAGAACACUGUGUUUCUGACAUAUAGUCAGGUUAAAAUAUGGUAUGAAAGUGACAAUUUCAAUGAAAAAGGUUUUUGUUAUAUUGUAACAAAGCUACUCUGACUUACUUUUAAUUAAAUAUAAUACUGUUGCUUUGUUCAGAUUCCCACAUUUCGGGAUUUCUCUUUCUAUACUGUGACCUGCUACAUAUAAAUUUAUUUUUUUAAAGCUUCAUAUUCUUUACAACAUAAUCCUUUCCUAGUGAAAAUCUGAUUUCUGUAAAAAUAUACUAUAGCUAUACAGCUAUUAUUUAAGCCCACACCCCUCUUAUUGUUAAUAUACAGAAUAACAGAUUUGUUUUUUGUUCACAUAGUAUUAACUAAUAAUGUUUUACCUAAAAUCAUUUAUUUUUAGUAAAAACUUGGAGACGCUCAAACCAAAAUUCACUUUCUAAGUAAGUGUACAGUGUCACGAUUGCACCCUACUUCAAGAGUGUGCAUUAUGUAGUUGUGGGGGGAAGAGGGUUAAAGUCCAGUAUUUUUCUGGAAAUAAUGAUAAAAUCCCCCUUAACACCACCCACACUUAAGCAUAAUAAUAUAAAUAUUACUAUCUUAAUGUUGCCACCACCAAGACAAUUUAUAAAUGGGGUGUUUUGGUCCCCCAGGUAACUUAAUAAGAAAAAACAACCAAAUAUAAGUUAGCACAAUAUUUAAACAAUUGCAAAACACUACUCAGUCUCUUCAGGCUACGUGAUUCUUAACCAAAGGCAGAACUAAAUAAAGGAAUAUUUAUUAUGAGCCCAAAAAUAGUCACAAUGCAUACAAAAAUAUAGAUGGCAAUCAAAUUAGUUACACCAACAACAGAUAAAAACAAAAUGGAUAAGAUAACAGAAGUCCUAAUCACUUACUCAGGUUUUCAAAGUAAAACUUCUGCCCAGGGGGUCUCUGGUAAGAAAGAUGGUGACUCACUCAGAAUUAGAUUCUGCCCACAAGCAAGUACAAUAUACACUUCAGUUUCAUUAGACAUAUACCCUGUGGGUUACCAAGCCUCGCCUAGAGGUGGUGAUAAGGCAUACCUGUAGUAACUGUAAGUGACCACCACCUUGUUUUCCAGACCAACAUUUGGUUCUAUCUCCUCUUAUGUACUUGCCACAGAAAUAAUAAUUGCAUCUAUGAAUGUUACCAUUUUUCCAUUCCGUAGAUAUGUCCACUCCUUGCUUGUGACCCAAUAUAAUGGACAUCACAAUCCCUUUCCCUAUGGUUAAGUUACACAAAUCAUGUCACUUAUGUGUGACUUCUCGCACUUUGCAGAGCCUUUGAUUAAUCAAAGGAUCAAUCCAUAUGGUAAACCGUCUGCUUCCUUUCACAUCCCUAUGCAAUUUACAUUCUUACCUUCUGUCAUCUGAUCCCUACCAAGUGGCCAAUUAAUAAAUGCACUACACAAAUUACGUUAAAUUGUAAUAUUCUAUUGUGCAACAAUGAAUUAUGCACCCUUGACGUGACAGACAUUUAUUCGUCAAUCAGGCUCAACUUUCCUAGAAUUUUUAUAGGUAAAGUUCCCUUCAAGUGCUCCACCCACAUCAGGUAACUAAUUAAAUUGUCACUCCAAGCACAAAAACAACUUUUUCCUUAAUCAAUGUUUUUUGUUGUGCAGUCUCAAUUCUCAGUUGUCAGUCAUUUUGGAAUAAAAUACCUAUGCUUAAGUCAUACACAACCUUGCUGUACAUUACACAGUCUACCUACACCCUUCAUGAAAGGUCUAUUUGUUUAGUGUCCUUUCUCUAGGAAUGGUGGAAAAGUGUAUUGGGCCUACUUUACCAAUUUACACAUGUGUAGGUGGAAGAUCUCUACACUUUGCAACAUCACGAUAGGGGGAGAAGCGAGGGAGACUGAUCAGUGCGAUUCAUGCAGAGCAGGUUCGGGUAUUGGGUUUCUUUCUUCUAAUGCUGCACAAUGAUGCCCUUUUUCUGUCAUUAGAGUACUGGAACUGAAAUGUGUGAGUAAGAGGGAGGGGAUGAGGCUGAAAAUACCCAUUUGCUGAGAGGUGUGCCUAACAAUGCAAUUUGAUUAUGUUUAGAAACAUUUAUAACAUGCUAUACGUUUUCAAGAGUAGGAAGAAAGGGAGGUAAAUGAGGGUGGGAAAGGUAGGGAUUGGGAGGUUUUCUUUGUGUGGAUGGAGAUGGACAAGUGUUUUUCCGUUGCAAGUAAGUAGCAGUUAUAUAUGUUGGCAGCAAGCAGUGCAUGCUGAUGAUGUUCAUAAAAUAUGUACAUAAUUCACAUGAAGCAGCUCGGAACAGAGUCACAGAAGAAGUCAUUCGAAGAAACUAGUGAAAUGUAACCACAUAAACUUUGAUUUUCACAGAGAUCUUUUUUUUUAAUUUUGAAUAUUCUUUAUUUGGAAACAUAUAAAAAGAGGGGGUGUGGUCUGGCAGCCAACUUUAAUGGCCACAUAAUUUGAGAACUCCCACUUACCCACCCACAAACAGCAUCACAGUUCACAAACUCAAAAGCUGCCAACCUGAAUGUGAUACCUAGGCUCCGAAGCCAAGCCACAUGGAAAAAAGUGAGGAGAGAAGCAAGAUUUCUCCAAAACACUAGUCAACCUGUUCGCCACACUCCUCACAGGCCGCACAAGAUGGCCGCCGGGCGGGCUCGCAUGGUUCUUUGUCCCCAGCCAAGAGUGAGAUGGCGGACUCACAACCAGGGGACACUACACAAAUAUUAUCUAAACUAUCGGAGGUUCGAUCUUACCUGGCAGGAUAAAUUGCAUGCAACUCACAGGAGGUCAAGGCCAAGAUUCAGGCCCUGGGGAAGUGCACAACUGACCUUGAGCACUGGGUCGAAAUCUUUGUACAAGCACACAACAUGGUGAUGGAGCAGCAACUCAAUAGCCUAGAGAUGCUUGUGGAAGACCUCUUCAACCGCUCUAGGUGCGAUAACUUGCGCAUAUGAGGCAUACCAGAAAUGCCUAAAAAAGGCCCACUAAUGCAGAAAAUGGAGGAAUACUUCCAGCACCUACUGCCUGACAUAACAAAAGAAAGAAUGGUGCUCAACCAAGCGCAUAGAGCCUUAUAAGCUCAAAGAGCAGAGGGCCAGGUGCCAAAACACAUUAUCAUACAUUUCCAUUACUAUGCCACAAAGGAAGCCAUCUUGAGAUAUAACAGGGUCCAUGAACUCACAUAUCAAGGCACCACAAUUGCUCUGUUCAAUGAUCUCUCUCCAGGCACCCUACAGUGAACACUCGACUGAAAACUGAUGGCAGAUGUGCUCCGACAACAUGGGAUCUGCUUUACCCGCUAAUACCCCUUCAAGACAGUUGCAUUUUAGGCAGGAAUAAACUACACCUACUAACCUGCCAAUGAUCCUGCAAAAUUCCUCCAUAAACUCUCCAUGACACCCCCAGUGUAUUUUGCCUUACCAGGACCAUCUCGCCCAGGCCUCAUGGCUCUCCUGAGAGAGUGGUAUGAAGCCAGAGAAACUGCUGGGGGAACUGCAUAUCUGCCGGAGCUCGGUGACCCAAGAGAGACACUGACACCAUCUUCGACCGGGGCAGCUAAGUCACCCUGGGGGGGGGCUGAUGUAAUGGGGCCCCAUGGCAGUAAGGGGGUAUGGGGAGUCACAGAGAUCCCACAGCUGCAGCCAUUGGGUAUAAAGGACUAUAAGUCUAACUCAAGGGAUGAUAAGGAGUUACAAAUUAGUGUUUAUAUACCUCUCAAUGCACUUAGGUUACUAAAAGGACUCUCCAGAUAGCACCAUCACCAAUGCUACACAACUCAACACCUUGCAAAAUGGCAUUGAAGGUCAAAGGUCUAAACUCCCCAAACAAAUGCAGACUGCUCUUGAGAGAUAUAAAAGCCAAAAAAGUUGAUAUUGCACUCAUGCAGGAGACAGGUCAGCACCCGUCAGAUUGAUUGACAAGUCUUACACUGCGGUAUAUGAGGUGAGAGUGAUGCACAAGUGAGCAGGGGUAGCAAUCCUGGUCCAUAAAAGGAGCCCACUCCAAAAAAUCCAGAAGGGCAGAUCCAGAAGGGCAAUAUAUCUAAAUCGUGGGUACCCUCUAUAAUGCAAAAAUAUAUAUCCUCAACUUUUCAAAUCUGGAGACUUUGGUCUCUGGAGCAGGAGAGGGGUGCUUAUGGUAGGAGGAAAUUUUAAAGUGGUACCAUGUCCGGCAGCUCGAAAUCGGGCACCAUAAGAUCACAGGGACGUGGGGCGAAAGACAAAUUAUUGCACACAUUCUUGACACCUGGUCUGCUUAACAUUUGGCGACUUCAACAACCUGACACACGGGACUAUACAUUCUUGACAUCUGGUCUGCUUAACAUUUGGCAACUUCAACACCCUGACACACGGGACUAUACAUUUUAUUCAACACCCCACAAUACAUACUCUAGAAUAGACAAUAUAUUUCUCAAUUGGACAGGGAUGGGCAAGGCAAUCCAUUCGGAAAUUAACAGUAUUACCUGGUCAGACGAUGUGAACAUAACAGUCACCCAUGGCAAGCUACAAUAUAAUUCAAAUUGGACAUGGAAACUCAACACUAGCCUCCUUAAAGAUGAGGAAUAUCUUUAAGACACAACCCGAACAGCUCUCAAAGAGUAUUUCGAGCAGAACAUGAAUCCAGACAUAAAUACCACAAUGGUAUGGGCAGCCCUCAAGACUAUCCUCCGUGGACACUUCAUAAAAGUAUCCACACUUAAAAACAUACUAAAACAAAACUAUUACUGGAGUUGCAAUCAGCUCUUCAGAAAGCUGAGCAACAACAUCAAAUCAACCCAACCAACACUAAACUAUGAUAACGUAAUGCCCUCAGACACUCAAAAGAAACAUCACUUGAAGAAGUGACCCGCUCUUUACUAUGGUCAGUGGCGUACAUACCAGGGUCGCAGGGGUCGCGGCUGCGACCGGGCCCGGCCCACCAGGGGGCCCGGCCGCCCCUGCGACCCGGUAUGUACGCCCAGGGCCAGCCUCUUCCCCUGGGGGGCCCAGGAGUCGACCACCCCAGGGCCCCCCGAGGCUGGCCCUGCUGACCCCAGUAGGCAGGUGGCCGGUCGGGCAGGCGGGUGCGCGAGGGAGCACUCAGUGCUUCCUCUUCAGCUCCCUCGCGCACCGCAAUGAUACCGGAGCCGGAAGAUGACGUCAUCUUCCGGCUCCGGCAUCCCUAUGCGGCGCGCGAGGGAGCUGAAGAGGAAGCAUUGAGUGAUCCCUCGCGUGCCGGCCACCGAGACAGCCCGCCCGCCCGCCCGCCCAGGAGCCCAGCAGCAGCACCACUGGACCCCAGGGAAUCCCCCCAGCACUCCAAAAGGUAAGGAGGCUGGGGGGAUUAAAUUUGAAAAAAAAAAUGUGUGUGUGUGUGUGUUAGUGUAUGUGUGUGUUAGUGUUAGUGUAUGUUACUGUGUGUGUGUGUUAGUGUGUGUUAGUGUUAGUGUGUGUAUGUGUGUGUUAGUGUGUGUAUGUGUGUGUUAGUGUUAGUGUAUGUUACUGUGUGUGUAUGUGUGUUAGUGUUACUGUUAGUGUGCGUUAGUGUGUGUAUGUGUGUGUGUUAGUGUAUGUGUGUGUUAGUGUAUGUGUGUGUGUGUUAGAGUGUGUGUGUUAGUGUAUGUGUGUGUGUUAGUGUAUGUGUGUGUGUUAGUGUGUCAGUGUUUGUUUGUGUUAGUGUGUCAGUGUUUGUUUGUGUUAGUGCCUGUGUUAGUGUGUGUGUCAGUGAAUGUGUCUGUUAUUGGGUGUGUGUCUGCUAGUGAGUGUGUUACUGUGUGUGUCUGUUACUGAGUGUGUUUGAUGUCUGUUAGUGAGUGUGUGUUUGUCAGUGAAAGUGUAUGUAUGUCUGUCGCUGAGUGUGUCUCUGUCAGUAAAUGUGUGUGUCUGUUAGCUAGUGUGUAUGUGUCUGUUCGUGAGAGUGUGUGUGUGUGUGUCUUCAGCAUUUACCUUUCUCCAGCGUCGGACUCCCCAGUGUCUGCCACUCAGGUCCGAAAUGCACAUGCGCGGCAAGAGGCGCGCGCGCAUUUAAACCGCCCACAGGAAAGCAUUACUCGAUGCUUUCCUAUGGACGUUCAGUGUCUUCGCACUGUGAUUUUCACAGUGAGAAUCGCGGAAGCUCCUCUAGCAGCUGUCAAUGAGACAGCCACCAGAGGCUGGAUUAACCCUCAGUAAAACAUAGCCGUUUCUCUGAAAUGGCUAUGUUUUCAGCUGCAGGGUUAAAACUAGAGGGACCUGGCACCCAGACCACUUCAUUGAGCUGAUGUGAUCUGGGUGUCUGUAGUGGUCCUUUAAGUGUGUGUGCAUACCGCGGUCGCGGGGUCGCAGCCCUGCAACCCCUGCGACCAGGUGCCCGCCACCAUGUGUUGCGACCCCGACCCGCGCUGAGUAAGCGUGCGGGGGGGGGCCCACGGAUCAAUUUUUGCACCGGGGCCCCAUGGGUCAUGUGUACGCCACUGACUAUGGUCUAAAAGAUUAUUCUAUGAAAAAGCAAACAAAAUGGAUACCCUAUUAGCCAGGGCUUUGUGACCAAGAAUGGGAUGCAAACUGUGGUGAAACCAACCUCGCCACUGUGAACUGGAGAAGCCUGGUUGCUCGCCUGCUCCCUUUGGACUAUGGCCCUGCAGGUUAAACCGUUUAUUUCCCCUGCAGAAAGGCUUAUUUGUGUGAUCUGAGUGCCAUUCAUCUAAUAAUGUGCACUCAGAUCCCAGCUAUCUGGGGAUAUGUGAAAUGUCUGUGUGUUAUGUGUAAAGGUGACUUUAUGUAUUUUAAAGUGUUUUGUGUCUUUUUGCAACCAUGUGCUUAAUGGAGUCUUGUGUCUGUCCUGGGAGAUAAUUGAAUUACUCUCCAGGAUAGAAGACUCUGAAACUGGUUUGGGCCAGAAAGCCAUGCUUCAUUUAGUCACAAAGGACUUUCCCUUAACUUUUGAACCCCUGGUCUGAUUCGUGCCAUUUUUUAAUAUGUUGUUCCCCUGAAUGGAUUGAUUAUGAAAAUGUAUGUUUUAUGUUUGUGACAUGUAUAUUUUAGAAGUUAUAAAUAUUGUGUAAAAACUGUAUUCCUCUGCCGGUGAUAAUGAGAUUACCCAUUGUGUUCAGUAAUCAUAUCACCUGCAGAGGGGAGGAUUUUGUGUGGGAGUGUCUGGGUGUAUUGUACGGAUUGAUUGGUUGUUUUGUAACGCCCUGUGGGCUGUACUAUGUUUGUGGAUUGGGAAUAAAAGAGACUGUAUGUGACAGUACAGAGAGUUCCUGUUUUAACCCUCAAAGUGAAGUGUCGUCUCAUUAUUGGGGGAAGGAUUUAUUGUAUGCUGUUCCAGUUUGACUGCUAGGAGAGUAAACCUAUUUGUAUGGAUCCUAUUCAACUGUCUACAGCAUUCAAAUGCUUGAGAGGAUUCAUAUGCUUCUCUGGUUCGGUGGUUGUGGUGUCUGCUGCAGUGCGUGGAGUCCUCAGGAAGCGCUAGGAGCAUCCUUUAACGGAGGUACCCAGUCGGGGUGCCAGGCGAUCCGUUACACAAACCUAUAACUAAAAUAUGCACCGAAACCAAUGAAGUAGUCAAAAUACCAAAUGAUAUCAACAAGGUAUUCACGGUAUACUUUUCAGGCCUAUAUAAUCAAUCACUCACCCAACCUCCCUAAAGACAAUACAAAACACUCCGCGGACCUACAUAAGUUCCUAUCAGAUCUGACAUGCCAAGGGUGACAGGAGAAGAGGCAGCAAAACUGAGGGAACCAAUCACCCAAGUUAAAAUGGAGGCAGCCAUAUCAGCUCUCAAAAGCAAUAGAGCCCCUGGAACAGACGGCUAUGACAUUAGUUACUACAAACGAUUUGGAGAUGAAUUGACCUCCCAGCUCACGACUCUAUGUAAUCACUUCAUGCAUGGAGGAAAGCCAGACACGGACAUGGCCACGGCCAACAUAAUACUACUACCAAAGUCCAACAGAGCAAUAUCGCUCAUUAAUGCUGACCUUAACAUAUUCGCAAAAAUAUUAGCAUCCAGACUCACGUCCCUCUUUCUGUAACUGAUCCACUGACCAAGGUGUCUUCUCUGGCACUCACUCUUACAAGCUAUCAGAAUGCACCCACAAAUCUAGGAGGUGGAGGUGAUGGGAAAAUAGUUAACAAUAUCGGCUAACACCGAUGAUGUCCUCCUCACCCUCAAAAACCUGUUAAACUACAUUGACGACAUUGCUAAACUGGGGGCUACAAAGUCAACUUCAACAGAUCACUGGCCAUACCCUUCUAUAUUACAGCCCCGGACAUGGCGCUCAUCCACGGCCAAUACCACCUAAAAAUAAACACGGAGGAAUUUACAUAUCCCAAAUUACUGUUCCCUUGCAACUAUAUUCCACUAUUCCAAACCGUCACCAGAGAAUUAGACCAGUGAACAAAUAAACCAGUUUCCUCGUUGGGACACAUACACUCAAUUAAAAUGAACAUCCUACCAUGAUUAUUAUUUUUUCAAUCCCUACCAGUGAGAGUUACCCGUGGAGAUUUAGCAGGCAUGCAAAGGGAAAUUGACACAUUUAUAUGGCACAAUAAAUGCCCACGAUUAGCCCAUGGCCUAUGGUACGAACAAAACCAAGAAGUGGCCUGGGACUACCCCACCUUUACCAGUAUUAUCUGGUGGCACAGAUGGCCAGAUCAUACAUUGGCAUACAGCCCAAAAAAAGACACUGGGUGGACCUGGAGUCCCUAAUGACAGAGAUGGUGUGGCGGAACAGACCUCGCCACGUGUUCUUGGAGGGGGCUGCUUGCCCGCCUCCUACCUUCUGACUAUGGCCCUGGGAUAUAUGGCAUUUGAAAACACUCUUUUUGCCCUAUGACAAAACUGGAGAUUGUGCACAAAUAUGACUAUUGUCCAUAUUUUUUAUGAUUCCUUUCGUUUCUUGCACUGUUCCCCAUGUGUUUCAUCUGUUGGUCUGGCUGGAUAGACUACCAGACAAACUGUGGAGUUACUGGGUGGCCACCAUUUCAUGUAUCAGAGGCACAUGGUGAGAACAAUGGAUGGUGGCCAUUUUAACUCACAGACACUGUUUGGACUUUUCUACACGGUGCCAUCUCGACGGUAUUUGGUGCACAAAGACAUCGUGCACUAGUUUUAAACUAUACAACAGGGGACACAUUAUACAGUAAUUAUUUUUCAUAUAGCCUGUAUAUGUUCUGCGGAAUCUGCAUUAAACUGUAUCUUCCACACUACUGAAUGGAUCUGGGUGAAUUUUGGAUAUGUGGUUCACCCAGAUCCCCCGGUUCCGAGGAUAUACUUUUUUUAAUUGCAUGUUUUGGGGUCCCUGUGAUAUGUUUUAUAAUACUGUAUUUCUCUGCCUGUGAUAAUUAUAUUAACCAUUGUGUUCAGUAAUCAUAUCACAGGCAGAGGGGAGGAUUUUGAGUGGGAGUGUCUGUGUGUAUUGUACGCAUUGAUUGGUUGUAUUUCAAAACCCUGUGGGCAGUACUAUGUUUAUGGAUUGUGAAUAAAAGAGGCUGUAUGUGCCAGUACAGUCAGUUCUGCUUGACCUCAAAAUGAAGUGUCGUCUCAUUAUUGAACAUAGAACAUAGAACAUAGAAUGUGACGGCAGAUAAGAACCAUCCGGCCCAUCUAGUCUGCCCAAUUUUCUAAAUACUUUCAUUAGUCCCUAGCCUUAUCUUAUAGUUAGGAUAGCCUUAUGCCUAUCCCACGCAUGCUUAAACUCCUUUACUGUGUUAACCUCUACCACUUCAGCUGGAAGGCUAUUCCAUACAUCCACUACCCUCUCAGUAAAGUAAUACUUCCUGAUAUUAUUUUAAACCUUUGUCCCUCUAAUUUAAGACUAUGUCCUCUUGUUGUGGUAGUUUUUCUUCUUUUAAAUAUAGUCUCCUCCUUUACUGUGUUGAUUCCCUUUAUAUAUUUAAAUGUUUCUAUCAUAUCCCCCCUGUCUCGUCUUUCCUCCAAGCUAUACAUGUUAAGAUCCUUUAACCUUUCCUGGUAAGUUUUAUCCCUGCAAACCAUGAACCAGUUUAGUAGCCCUUCUCUGAACCCUCUCUAAGGUAUCAAUAUCCUUCUGAAGAUACGGUCUCCAGUACUGCGUACAAUACUCCAAGUGAGGUCUCACCAGUGUUCUGUACAAUGGCAUGAGCACUUCCCUCUUUCUACUGCUAAUACCUCUCCCUAUACAGCCAAGCAUUCUGCUAGCAUUUCCUGCUGCUCUAUUACCUUGUCUGCCUACCUUUAAGUCAUCAGAAAUAAUCACCCCUAAAUCCCUUUCCUCAUAUGUUGAGGUUAGAACUCUAUCAAAUAUUCUGUACUCUGCCCUUGCGUUUUUACAUCCAAGAUGCAUUAUCUUGCACUUAUCCACAUUAAAUGUCAGUUGCCACAAUUCUGACCAUUUUUCUAGUUUACCUAAAUCAUUUGUCAAUUGGCUUAUCCCUCCUGGAACAUCAACCCUGUUACAUAUCUUAGUAUCAUCAGCAAAAAGACAUACCUUACCAUCAAGACCUUCUGCAAGAUCACUAAUAAAAAUAUUAAAGAGAAUGGGUCCAAGUACAGAUCCCUGAGGUACCCCACUGGUGACAAGUCCAAGCUUCGAAUAUAUUCCAUUAACUACAACCCUCUGUUGCCUGUCACUCAGCCAGUGCCUUACCCAUUCAACAAUAUUUGAAUCCAAACUUAAAGAUUGCAGUUUAUUGAUAAGCCUUCUAUGUGCAACAGUGUCAAAAGCCUUACUGAAAUCUAGGUAAGCAAUGUCUACUGCACCACCCUGAUCUAUAAUUUUAGUUACCCAAUCAAAAAAUCAAUAAGAUUAGUUUGGCAUGAUCUCCCUGAAGUAAACCCAUGUUGUCUCUGAUCUUGAAAUCCAUGUGUUUUUAGAUGUUCAUCAAUCCUAUCCUUUAACAUGGUUUCCAUCACUUUCCCCACUACUGAAGUAAGGCUUACUGGCCUAUAGUUGCCCGACUCCUCCCUAUUACCUUUCUUGUAAAUGGGCACAACAUUCGCUAACUUCCAAUCUUCUGGGACUACUCCUGUUAACAAUGAUUGGUUAAAUAAAUUUGUUAAUGGUUUUGCUAGUACACCACUAAGCUCUUUUAAUAGCUUUGGGUGUAUUCCAUCAGGUCCCAUUGACUUAUUUGUCUUUACUUUUGACAGUUGAAACAGAACCUCUUCCUCUGUAAACUCACGUGUAAUAAAUGACUCAUUUAUCCUUUUUCUCAACUGAGGUCCCUUUUCUUCAUUUUCUUCUGUAAAUACAGAACAAAAAUAUUCAUUGAGGCAGUCAGCCUGACCUUUAUCCUCUUUUACAUACCUUCCUUCUUUUGUUUUUAAUCUAACUAAUCCUUGUUUUACUUUUUUUUUCUCAUUUAUGUAUCUAAAAAAUGUUUUAUCCCCCUUUUUUACUGACUGUGCUAUUUUCUCUUCUGUGUGUGAUUUGGAAGCUCUUAUAACUUGCUUAGCCUCUUUCUGCCUAAUUGGGGGAAUUGGAUUGUAUGCUGAUUGCCAGGAGUGUAAGCUGAUUGUAUGCUUUUCCUGUUCAGCUGCUUACAGCAUUCAUAUGCUUGAGAGCAUUCGUAUGAUUCUCCGGUUCGGUGGUUGUGGUGUCUGCUGCAGUGCUUGGAGUACUCAGGAAGCACUAGGAGCAUCCUUCAAUGGAGGUACCCAGUCGGGGUGCCAGGUGAUCCAUUACAGAUGGAUGUCCCCCAGUUCUACAUAUGGGUACCCAGAACCCAACAUGCAAACCUGGGGAUCACAAAUCCUGCUAUCCUCGACUCCAUUUAAACAUGGGACCAAAUACGGCAGAAAUAUUUCGUGAGUAGCCUCCCCUCCCCAGUACUCAGGAACAGUGUUUUCUUGCCAGGGAUGAGGGCCAGAGACUACAGGGGGAUAGAGACUACGGGAUUCUAGAGAUAUGUUCACCUCUAUAUUAACAAAGAUAUAAUCACAUACAAAUAUCUGAACUCUCUAGCCCCACUUCAAACCUGCGACUACUUUAGAUAUUUACAACUACAGGACUUUGCAAAGAGCACAGAAAUUCGGGUAGCGGCUACAACACAAAUGACUUUCUUCGAAAAUAUUUGCUUUAACGAAACCACGCAAACCAAACUAAUCACAUUACUUUAUAACCACCUUAGUUCAGCAAUUGAUAAAGAAGGGUCACUGCACUAUACAGAUCAAUGGAAGGCCAACCUGGGAGAGGUGUUGGAGAGAACAGAUUGGCAAGAUAUCUGGGAGGCUUUACAAAAACAACAAUAUAUGUAACGCACCAAGAGCAGUCAACAAAACAUUAUUCAGAUUGUAUACAACCCCCGUAAAGCAAUAUCAGAUGAAACUGAAUCCCUCAGAUGCAUGUUUGCACAUGUGCUGCGGAAAGGGUACCUACUGGGAGUGCCCAGUGGUAACAAACUACUGGCAUAAAAUUACAGAUUUAAGCUCUCAGAUCCUACAGAGGAGAAUAAACUUAGACCAAUGGGCAAAUCUGCUAUCCAGACCCACAGAAGGCCUGUGGGCUUCCUAAACUCCUAAAUACAUUGAAUGCUACAGCUUUAAGGUUCAUUUCCCAUACCAACUUUGCUGUAAGUCUCUACAAUUGAACGCUGCAGCUUUAAGGUGCAAAUUGAAAUUCAGAAGAUGCUUCACCUUUGCCACUAGAUUACUUACUAGAAUACUUACUUUCAUUGUUAUCUAUAGUGUACUACUGUAGUAUCUUGUACUUGCAGCUACAUGUAUUAAUUAAUAAUCUGGCUGUUUGGAUUUGACUGGCAAAAUUCUCACACCUGUUUCUUGUCCCCUCCUACUCCUCCCCCCAUGCUUGCCACUCCUAGCUGUAAAUACCUUGAUAUAACUGUUUAUCUCUGCUCCCUCCCUAGGCCCUUUUCCCAUACCAACUUUGCUGCAAGCCUCUACAAUUCUACUCGGCUCAACUCACCCACCUUCCCCUCCCCCAGGUUCCCUCUAAAUUUAUAAUGCUCUUCUAGCUGUUUAAAAUUCUCUCUCAUUUAUCUCUUCAUUCCCUCUAUACUCUACCAAUAGCUGCAACACUCUGUUUACUUAUUUAACCAUCACUUCCAAAUUUCCCCUGCUACCUUUUGUCUCAAAUCUCCAUGGUAUCUUUUAGAUUGUAAGCUCAUGGGCUAUCUAGCUAUUGACUUUGUAUAAAAUAGCUUCAAUGGCUAGAUCUCAACUUACGGGCAGGUCGCCUCCCUACAUUUGUAUUUGUCUGUGUAAAUUGUAUGUUCUCCACUAAUUGUACAGCGCUGCAGAAUCUGUUGGCGCUUUAUAAAUACCAGUAAUAAAAUAAAAUAAAUAUGCUUACUUUAGCAGCACAACCAAAAAUGGUUGUGCCCCAAAAUCCCCCAAAUCUCCUUAGUCAUAGCAAAACUUAGGGACAACUACCCUAUGUACAAGCUAAUGGCACAUGUCAAAAACUCACUCAAUACUUUCUAUAGUGUGUGUGGUAUCUCUGGAAGCAAUAAAACACAUAAAGUAAUGUUCUAGAACCCUGAUAGGAAGGGUUCUGGUCAAGGCUGUGGUACAGACCAACAGCUUAAGCUGACUCACUGCAUAUGAUAUUUCUGUGCCUGGACACAGUCUCCCUAGAGAUCGACUAGUCUUUUCUCUUUAGCUCUUACUUACUAUACUUUCUCACUUUACGCUAUACUCUUUCUUCUCUUGAUAAGCUAAAAUAAAACCUUGCAGACAGAAGAAAAUGGCAAUUGUAACGGAUCCCUAUACUCCGACUGAGUACUUCCAUUAUAAGUCUCCCCAAAUCCCAAGUGAUCAGAGCUCUUAGCAACCCAAACAUCAGCUGAGAUUUGAUGAAGGGUACAACAGGAAUGAUUUAAUGGGCCACGGUACAGCCAAUUUAUACAAAACAUGGACACAGUCAAACCAGCCCUGGAACACUCCCACAGCACCCUCAUUACACUCCCACAACACGGCUGUGCAUAAAGAAGAUAACGCAUAAAAAUACCCCCAAAAAUAUCAAAGACAUAACAUAACCCCACACAUAAUAUAUCCCCAAAUAGCUCCUGGGUUCAGCCAUGAUCAUUGCAAAUAGCGGAGCUAUCGGAUGUACAGAGCCCGAGUAAUCGUUGUAUAAAGUCUGGCCUUGAGGCUCUGUACAUACCCACAAUUAGUUCCACAGAAUCACUUGGUUUAGGCCGGUAGAUUCAAACUUCGCACCUACACCAUGCACUGAUCAAUCAGUGCUUAGGGAGGGAAGGGAUUCCAAGCUAAGCCCUUUAACUCGCACCGGCCUAUUAGGAAAAAGGGCGCAAACCCAGUUUGCAUUGUGGAUCCUUCUCCUAUUGGUCGCCUAAACCACGCAGCGGCCAAUCAGUGCUCAGUGAGGGGAGGUGUUCCGAGCUAAGCCCUUUAAUUUGCGCCGGCCUAUUGGGUGAAAGGGCACGAACCAGUUUGGAUGGUAGCUCCUUCUCCUAUUGGUUGGACUUCCAGGCGGCUAGCGGGACUCAUAGCUCCAGAGGGUCUGCUAGGUCUUGUGUCUCUCUCUGGUGAAUAUCUCCACUUAAGUAGCACCGGAGAGAAUGCUUUUUGGGAAGCUACUAGCCUGGCCUCAUAGCUCCCAGGUAGGGAACCCCUGCAGUCGCGGUCUGACUCUCUGACAGUCUGGCUGCAGGCAUGAGGCUCCUGGAUCUCUUCUGGACAGUGAUUAUAGCACCUGUAGGAGCAGGUAGGGCGAUCCCCAGCAGGAGGACCUGAAAACAAUAGCAGACAAGCAAGGGGACACAUGUGGGCAUGGUACUCAGUGAUGGCGGCCCGUCACAGCAGUGAUACAGCUCGACAUAACUGAAUGCUCUCUAUGAAACCCUAGUAUGCCAAGGGUGCACUAUAUCAUCAUCAUGUUACUAUGGCAAUGAAUAUGCCAGAAUGCCAUUAUAUAAAUAGAGAAUUAAAAAAAAAUGAAAAGAAAGUUAUAAGGGAAAAAUGAAUAAAAGUAAAAAAGGGUAAAAUUAUUUUCUCUUGAUCUGUCAAACAAUUAGUAACAGUUUGUCAUGAGGUUAAACACACCACAACUGGUCAGCAAUACCAUACAUUAAAAUAUUUCACUCAGCCUACUCCUGUAAUAAAAGGGUACAAAGAUAUAUUAUUAUGGCAAAAACAAAAACAGCCAAAAAAACUGUUUAAAGUUAAAAACCAGAAGAAAAUCAGAUAUAUAAGCCAAUCCUAUCUUACGGAAUAUAGAAAAAUUGCAAGAAUCCUCACUCUAAUGAAGACAUAAGGAGUCAAGUCCUACAUGUUCCCAAACCUUUCUUCUAAGGAAAUGUUCAGUGAGGUUUUGUAUAUAUACAUGCUGAUAAAUAAAAUUUUAAACAAAUACAGUAUGUUGUAACAAUUUUACACACCAUGUGCUCAGUGUGGGCAAUUUGUAAAUGUUUAUAAAAAAAGAUUGUGUGUGUGUAGCUGCUGGUGGUACAUGAGAAACAACAACACGGAUGCUUUUCAACAACAGAAUUCAUACUUGAUAUUGAUAUAGCUUCAAUCAAUUCUUCAUCUUGUGUCUGCUUCUUUGAAUGUUUCAUAGUGGAAUAUUAUUUUGGAUAAAAAGUUUUUUUUUUUACAAAUUGCCCAUAUUUUAUAAAGGGACAAAUAUAAAGCAUAUGGGUGGUAAAAUUGCUAUCAUAAUCAGAAGGAAUUUCCAGGAAUUCAAAGUGCAUCUAAAGUGAAUUUCACAUUUAAAUCCAAAGAAGAUGAACCAAAAACAUAGCUGACAAAUUUUUCCAAUUUGCCUACUUUGCCCUUAAGUUUGAAAUUCACUUUCUCCUUACUUUGAACUACCAAAAAUUCUCACUUUAGUAAUAAUUGAUAGAAUCAAAAAGACGGAUGCACUGAUAUAUGGCUUGAUAUAAAAGGUACACAUAACUACUACAGUUCACUAUAGUGUAUGGUGAAGUAUUCCUUGGAUCAUCCUCUUUCUUUUGUGUCAAACCAUUUUCAUGGAGUUUAACAAAAACAAUGUUCUACUUGCAUACAAAUCUUAGACCUACUGCUCUGUAUCCUAGAUUAGCUUUUCCUAGUGCUCUCAGCCUAGUUAGAUGGCCCAUAUGGAAGUUAUUAUCCAGAUUAGCUGAGCCCCAGCAAAAGGGACUGCUCUUUGGUGCCAGCAGCAGUCUGUUUUUUGCAAAACAUCUUAAAAAUCGUUUGAUAAUAAUCAAGUAAUCGACCUCAAUAGACCAUUGGAAUCACAACCACUACAAACUGCUUUACAGUUUAUCAUAUUUAGAAUGUCUCUGUAAUGUUAAAUAAAAUUGAUUAUUGAAACAAUAUCUCUGCAGAGUGUUGAUCAGUCAUCUAAUAUUUAAUUUUUAAAUGUAAAUAUUGACUGAAAAAAAAUCAGUAUAUCAUAAGCUAUUAAAUGGAAACACCAAUUGUAGAUGGUAUUCUGGGAAAAUAGUUUAUAGAAUCUCUGAUUUGGAGGCUGUAUCUGAGGAGGGUGAUGGAACCAGCUAGCACCAGCCAUCUUGGUCUAGGCACUAUUUGUCCUUCUUUAAAUGCAGGUUCAUAUGAAGGUCAUCUGCUAAUUUUAGGUGACAGGAGCCAAAAAGAUGGAAGAUAUAUUUGGCCUCAAUCUGGAUGCUUUUUAAGAAGGUAAUCACUAAAUAAAAUAUCACUAAUAAACAGGUAGAUGCAGAGUGCUCACACGUAGAAUUGCUUAAAGCAUAUGUUUUUAAUUAAGGCUUGGAAACCAGGAGUUUCCCUUGGAGAUCAACACAAACUGUGCAAACUGAGGUUUUUAUUUUCAGUAAUUCUGCAUUAAUUUUCAAAAGGGUAGGGGCAGAGCCUAACCUCAGUAAAGGAUGGACACACACGUUGCUAGACCUCUAUGUGUACGGGGGUUUCUUUAACUAAUAGUAGCAAUAACCCCAAGCGUUAUACUCACCCUCCUUGCCAUCUGAUACACUGUAAGUGCCAAUAAACUGCACUGAUAGGUGGAGGUAAUAAAUCUUGUUUGCUGUGGUGCCCUUCUUCCGCAGCAGGUCAGGUAAGGCCUUUCCGCCCUCAGGAGACUUACCCAACUACAACUCUGACUCUGAUGUCAUCGACACCUUAGGGCAUCUGGAACAGACUUCCAUGCUGAUCAAACAAGACCCAACAUCCUGUAAAGCAGAGCUGAAAACCUACAUGGUAGACAAACUCCAUAAAUAUUUAGGUCCAAUCAAGGAGGGACUGGCUGAUUUAGCUAAAUGCAUGCAUGGUGGUGAGUAUAAACAAGACAAGAUUAUCAUCAGGAUGAAUGCUCAUGACUCCACACUACUUAAAUUAUAAUAGAAAAUACUUAGGAAGACCUAAUUGUUCCUUUAGUGACCUUUUACCUGAUAUGAAAUAGGAGGAAUUGAUCAUGAACCUCGCUUGUUGGGAUCUUCGAUCCCAUAGACCUUGUCUACCCAACCAUGUAUUUGCACUGUUUCCAGGUACAUGUAAAAGCCCUCAUGAGGGCAGAAUUCACCACCUCGAAUUGAAGGAAUUCACCCCCUCAAAUUCAGGACUUGGCUCCUAACAUGAAGAAAAAAAGAAGGGAGCUCCGGCCUCUCACACAGGCCCGAUCUCCCUUAGGAUUGAGGAAACUCUUUCACACUAACUGUAUGGAACAACAUCAAGUUUUACACCUUAAUUAGAGUUUUAGAGGCACUGGAGUUUGCCUUGAAAUUGGGCUUACCUCCUAUUCAAUGGGACUCACACACCAAUGUCCCCUCUCUGUUACUGCUGCAAAAUCACUAAGCAUGACACAAAGGUCCACUCUGACGAACACACAUUUGACUUUAACCAACCGAUAAGCAGCUCCUUGAGUAGCUAGGCCUGAAAGCUACGUUACUACUUGAUUGUAGUGAUAAGUGUGACGGACCACGUGGCACCUCGACUGGGUACCUCCGCCAAUCACGCUUCCUAGUGCUCACCGAGCACCAUAAGCACUGCACCGGACACCAUAACCACUGUAGCCACCUUAACCGCUGUAGCUUGGCUGGGGUCCCGCCGUCCCUUCCCAUCCUGGACCAAACACCUGGAUCCAGCUCCGUGUGGGAAGACCUCUCCUCCAAGAGAGUAUCGCUGUAUAGCCAGUAAAAGAGCAAGUGAUAUAGCAGUAUAGCUGUUCCCCCCACACAUGAGCCAAGGCUUAAUGCUGGGAGUCAUCUGUUCUAUUCAGGGCCACAAACAGCCUUUUAUGCAAUAGUCCAUGCAUGGGGUUUCUAAUAUAGGAAUACAGGGAAAUCCCUCCCAUGAUCCUUUGUGCCUGAGAGAUAAGUAUCUGAGAAGCAAACAUAUAAUUAAAUUAUCUCCCAGGUACAUACAAUUUACAAACAUCCUAAAAGUACCCCCAGAAUCCAAAGAAACCCCACAAAAUGUACAUUCUCGGAUAGCCCCAAUCUGGGUGACCAACAUAUCCAAAAAUCACCCAGAUCGGUUCAGGGGUUCGGGUUUUUCAUGGAAGUCCAUUAUUUGACCGACCGCACACAUGGUCCUAUGCCCAAAACAGUUCCAUGAAAUCAGUGCCAACGGUCGGUCUCUUUCGGAAGUAUAAAAGUGCAUAAAAUACCAAACAUAACAUAUAAUUACAGCGAACAAGAAAAGUCCUCCUGCCCUACCACAGCUGGCUCCAACUGUAUGUCCAGUUGUUCUUCUCAUAUCUUCUAUAUACUAUUACCUUUUCUAUCCUCAUGUGUUUCCUACCCUUUUGGUGCAUCUGGGUCUGCUCCCUCCUUCUCCUUUGAUUCCCUCCCUCAUCUUACCUCCCCUCUCUAUUUCCCUAUUAUAGUGAGUGCUGGUGUUUCCUGUAGCAACAUUUUUAAAUUUGGUGUUGGUUAAAUUGAAGUGCAUUUUCCAUUAACGUCAAGUAGCUCAAUUCACCUUCCAAAUGCCAUGGUUUCCUCCAUUGGACACAUAGAGCUCAAGUGGAUAUUUUACUUGUCCAGAAGACUCCUUUUACAGCAGGCCAGACACUUUCCACUACGCAAAAGACAUUAUCCACAGUUCUUUAUGACCAAUUCUCCUGAACCGAAGAUGAAGGGGGAAGCAAUAAACUUAAGUGCCACGUGUCUUCUAACGACCUUUACUCUUACUGAGACCCCACUAGUAACCUACCAGGUUGUUUAUAUACUGUAGCGGAGAUGCAAUAUUCCCCAGGUUAUCUCCGCUUAUAAUCCAAGUGAGGCUCAGGAACAAGUAAAUUGUAAAUCCACAGGCAAGGUUUCCAGCAGGCAAAAUAACAGCAGUAUCCCCACAGCAAUCCCAAUAACUGGACGACACACAGUUUCAGGAGCAGAACUGAAAGCUUUAUUCCACACUGGCCUUUUAAAGCAUGCUCCCAUGCAAGGGAGGGAUUUACAGUCAUUAGUACAGUAGCCAAUCCUGUCCUGGUAACCUCCCACACAUCUCCUCCCCUCAGCCUGCAUAAUACUCCCCUUAUCCAGUACAGCAAUUCCCCCCGUUUCUGGAUGUACCCCUAAACGUAGGGGUACCCCCUUAAAUCAUGCAUCACCUGCUAGCCCUGAUCUGGGUGAACAACAUAUCCAAAAAUCACCCAGAUCAGACCAGGGGUUCGGGAAAUUUAUGGAGGGAAUAAAAUGACCGACCGCACUGAGUGAAACAGCCGAAUGUGAAUGGGCCCUGCGGUCGGUCCUGGAGUCAGGGAAUGAAUGGCAUGAAAACCUCUAGCUAUAGAGGCUAGGGAGGGUUCGCCUGAAUCCCCUCGUUCGGUUCUUUCUGUCUACCGAACGAGGGGCCGUUCGGUAGUUAGGAACCGAACGGACCGGGCUUGUGGAGGUUUCAGCGGUGUUCGCCUAGUUGAGUGUCCGAUUUGAGUUCCAGACACUCAACGGCAAAACACCGCUGAGUGGGGUUUUUAAAAUGGCCGCCGCCACGUGUUCGUUUGUCGAAUGGCAGCCACCCCGAGAACAAAGGACGGCUACUUAACUUGUCAAUUACCCGUUCGCAACAAUGUUGCAACGGGUAAUUGAGGACACACUUCACACAGGGGAGGUCUGAUUGUUCGGUAGUUUCAUUCCCUUAGUUUAUUCGAAUGAUUCUAUCGAACAAUCAAAGGAAUACAUUUCUUUUAAAACACAUAUAAAACCAACAGUUUACACGAAUGCAGCUAUUCACAUGAAAUUUUCAGGACAGCCCAGUGCCAUCCGCUACAUAUACCCCUAAUGUUUUAAAACUAUCAUUUUGGCAGUCCUUCUCCAUGCAUCUCUCCACUCAAUCUCUUCCAACUUAGUAAUGCAGUCCUCUCAAUGGCCAUACACAGGAGAGACUCUGGGAGGUUGUUGUGGAAACCAUUAAGCAAUGAUACUUUAUUUGCUUGAUUCCUUGCCUCAAACAAUCUACUCAAUAUAUGGUAUGCCCAACAUCCUUCAGCACUAGACUACACUCCCAUCAAUCAUUCUCCAAAAUAGGCCAUUUUCUUUUAUCUCCACACAUGGCAAAGCAUGUCAAAUCCUCAGAGAUAGGCUCAAUCUUAUAGUCAGACCAUGCUGACAUAUCAUCAACACACUAUCUCUAACGUAGAUAGACCAUUGACAUGAAGGCCGAAGAAAUUGCUGCUGCAUAAAAAAAAUCACUUGUAGAAAUCAUCACAAAUGAUCUCACAGACUGCCUUGAUAUUAAUGAACCGUUGACCUCUUCCCUGAUCUCCCUAUGAGCAGCCUAUAAGCCGGUUAUCAGAGGGAAAUUAAUUUGUCUGGCCUCCUAUCGUAAGAAGCAGUGCUUACAAAUUGAUUACAGACGUUAUGUCUGAAGUUACACAGUUAGAAGUACUUACAUAAGAACACUCGUUCACCCCAACUUUUUACUCAGUUAAAACUAGUCAGACAGACAUUAAAAUCACUAACCCUUUGCCAAAAACUGAAAACGUUAUGGAGGGAUAUAUCUCAAAGAUUAAUAACUUGGUUUUGCCUUGAGUUAAAUCCUGAAAAGGCCUUUUUCCAUCUAAACUUUCCCAAACAAAACAUGAUGGAAUGGAGAAUAGUAUUUCAUAAUUUAACAGCUAUUAUGCAUUCGAUUGCAAGAAGCUGGAAGUCCACCAAGGCACCAAUUUGGUCUGAAAUUAAAACACUAUACAAAGUGUUAAAUUAAUUUAAAUGGAAUAAUAGGUAAUAUAUUUUCUGGAAUGAAUGGCUAAAUAUUUUUGAUAAAGAUGAAUUCUAGAAACAACUUUAAAUUUAAACUUUUCAAGUUUUAGUUGAGAUGUUCUUUGUUUUUGUUUUUUUUGUUUCUUUUUUGUUCAGUCGAUUAGCAAUUGGAGGCGAUAAACACUGUACAAACGCUAAAACAAAAUUGAACAUUUGUAUAGUGUUUAUACCGUGUGUCUCAUUACCUGCCAAGGAAUGUUUGUUUAUCUGUAUGCUCAUGAAUUCCUAGAUUUCAUUUUUGCAGAAUUAGGACGUAAAUGAGCAUGUAUAUGUCUAUAAAAUGUCAAGAUAAUGUUUAAUAUAAAUUGGUUAUACUGAAUUUCUAAUAAUAAAAAAAAAAUCACUAGCCCUUUCAGACACAGCUUCAUACUCUAUACAAUUCUCCUAAAGGAUAUAUUCUGCUACCCAAUAUUCCACUGUCUCCACUAUUACUUUUUUAUCCUUGGAGCCUCUGCUUCAGGCAAUUUGGUCCAGCCAAACAGUAUGUGGUAUGCAGAUCAGAAAUGUAGACUUUAAAAAGUAGCUGCACACACAGGAACGAUCAUGUUGGACGCAAGCGGGAACGCGCAAGUGCUCGCGGUGAGGUGUGGUAAGCGGCACAAUGCAGGGCGGUAUGUCACUCGGCAUCUGCCCGAAACUCAAUCAACCUGGUGUGGAAAGUUGGAGCCCACCCAGAAAUUGAGCUGUAGUAGGAAAGCGCUUGGAGGAGCAGGCGGAGAGUGAGCUGCAAAAGGCCACAGCGUGGAAACAGAAUACAGAAAAAUCCAUGUGGCUGGAGCAAAUGCAGAGCACACCAAAUACAGAACUUAUGAGGAAGAAGUUCCAUAAGAAAAAUUAACUACUACCACAGACAGAUAAGUGAUUUACACAUGUAUUGAUCUGAUCUGAGUGUUUGGCUGGCAAUUAGUGGUUAUUUAAAUUGCUUCUGAUCCUACUACAAAUAUGAAAGCAUAUUAAAAGAUUUAGUUCUAAUAGUGAAAGGAGAUAAAAUAAGAGGAUAAGGCUGAAAAAAAAACAAAUAUUUACGUGCUGUAAUAGGAAGAGUACUGCCAUUCAGAGCAACAAGUGGCACUGACAAGUCAUAAUAUUAAUUAUUAAAUGCGAUCCAAAGGUGCUUACUAUAUCCAUUCCUGAUUUUUAUAUACUCAUACUGAGGAGUUUUGCUCUAAAUAAAUAUUUUCCUUCUGGUAAAGGCCAAAUUGCCCCUUUAUUGGGAUACACAAAUUCCGUAUGAAGAAAGAAAAAGAAAAGGGAAAAAAAGAAGAAAAGAAGUUUUUUCCUCUGUGUAAACUAAAAAAACAAAGUUCUGUUCCUCAUUUAAUCCUGGACACCUUCAGUCAAUAAACUGAUGAAUGCACAAUAUUACCUUAAAGCAACAAACGUGUGGGGGGUAUUAUUUUUCUCUCUCUCUUCUUGCUUGCCCAAAAUGUUCUCAUUUAAGAUGGCUUCAAAAAUAACUAAGGAAAACAAACCUGUCACCAAAAAAGACAAGAAAGGGAAAAAUAAAAUAGAAAAGAGUUCAUCUUUUUUUACACCCCCACAAAACUCCAGAUCAGAACUAGAAAAAAAAUCCAGAAAGUGAAGCUCUGAGAACUCCUAACAGAGAAGGGAAAGUGACGACUGAAGACCCUAUCAAAACCACACACUUGGAAGAACACCAACCCUCCCUACAGGUAUACCUUAAAGCUUGCUUUGAAAAACAACUGGGACAAAUCAAAUCAGAGAUACAAGUUAAUACAAUGGAAAUAAAGAAAGAUCUACAAGCUUUGGUGAACUGAUUUGAAAAUAAACGAAGAAAAAAAUUGAAUCACUAGAGUUCCAAUUUGCUCAACAACAGAAAAAUCAAAAAGAACUAAAAUACAAAAUUAGUGAUAUAGAACUAAGACUAGCAGAUGCAGAAGAUAGAUCCAAACAGAACAACUUGAGAUUCAGGUGUCAGGAUCCUAUCCUGACAACUAAGACUUAUGUUACUUUUAUUCUGUUUAUUUAAAACAAGUUCCUGCAUUAACUAUAUUUUGCUACUAGUGGACUCCCUAACCUUUAGGUAUGUAAUUACCGUCAUCAUUCCUCACCUGCCUUGACUAUUUGCAGAUAAGGCUACACCCUGCUCAAUAAAGGGCCUUUACAAUGAAGUAGUUGAUCAUCCUGAAAGACUUCAGUUCCUGGCUCCUGUAAUAGUCCCUACGGAAGGGCCUGCUUGCCAGCCUCCUGCCAAAAGACUAUUAGCCCUUUAAAAACUUAUGUGAUUUCUGUACUUUUGUAAUCCAUAAGGAGAGACUGACCUGUGGCAAACCUAGACACUUGGUCAAUAUACAGAGACUAUGGCUUUAACGGUUGCCUGUAUGGUUUUGGUGAUGUGUAUGUUCCUGGGUGUAAUGUACUGUGAUUGUAUAAUAUUGUAUUGCCUGCAUUGGCUAUCUGCCAAAAGCAGAUAGCUGUAUUUCAGUUCGUGAACCGAAUAGACCAACCUGUAAUAGCCCACACAUUAAGAGACGUGUGGCGCUUGUUAACCGAUUGCAACAAUGUUGCAAUGGGUAAUUAGAGGCUCUCCUAGGUGGCCGUCGUUCGACUACCGACCACGCGGCAGUCGGCCAUCUUGGAUCCUUUGUUCCUUCAGCGGUGUUCGGUCGUCGAGCGCGUGGUACUGAAAACGGCUACUCGACAGCGCGAACCCCGCUGGACUUCCAGGCCGUUCGGGAGUAACGGGACUUUCGGUAAUUUACUCCCUGUAUGUCAAUCAGUCGUUUGAAUGUAAAUGUUGGUGAAUACGUUUUUCGUGCGGCGUUCGGUUGUUUUAGCUGGGAUCUGAGCGGUAAUCUCACGAAUUAUGAACUCAGACCCCAGCUAUCUACCGAACGUCCAUUUGUGAAAAUCACCCCAAUAUUGGGGAAGUUAUAAAUUUUUAUGUGAAUUGUCGGUUCUGCUGCACGGAGGGAUAAUCCACUUAACUGUACAUUCCAGUGGGAGGAUCCCUCUCGUGCAGCAGUGCCUGAUGGGAGAAAGGCUCUGUACAUUAAGUUUCCCAUGUAGUCCACUCCUGUAAACCCCUGUGAUGUGACUCAGGAAACCCCUUGCAUGGGGAAUUGUAUAAAUUCUGGAGCCUGUGAAUAAAGCCUCAGUUGACUCCCAGAACUGUGUUUCGUCCGGUUACUGGGGGAUUUGGGAUAUUGCCUUACUUUCAGCGCUAACUGUGGAUUACUGUAUGUACCAGCGGAAUUCGUGGGUUUUAAUAUUGCCGGUCCGCUACAUGACCAUUGGCCCUAAUUCCCUGGAACUGUUUUGGGUAUAGGACCAUGUGCACGGUUGGUCAAAAUUAUGAUUUCCAUGGAAGUCCCGAAUCCCUGAACCGAUCUGGGUGAUUUUUGGAUAUGUUGGAUAUGAUCGGGGCUAUCUGGGGAUAUGACUUUUGUGGGGUUGCCAUGUGUUUUAGGGGUACUUUUGGGGUGUUGUUGUAUUGCAUGUUUUUCUGUGCUUGGAGAUAAUUGGAUUAGAUUAGUACAGUUCCUGAUCCAAUUAUCUCCCAGGUACAUAGGAGGGAUUAUCUUAUUAUGUAUUGGAGUGCCCUGGAUCUGAGAGCCAAUGUGAUUGUAUAAUUGUUUAUACUGCAGUUUACUCUCAGGUCCCCGGGGGAGUUCCCCUUUCAUGGGGACUUGCAUAUAAGGCCAUUUGUGGCUGCCAUUAAACGAGUUCCUGUCUACUCUCAACGUAGAGUGUAUAAGUGCAAUAUCUGGCUCAGCAAAACAAUAAAUUACUCUAUUCCAAUUCUGCUUAUGUCUGGAUUGUAUGGUUCUAUACGGAAGUGUUCCAUCCAUUUCUUUUCUAACUAUCCUGUAAUAUGGUGUGACAUACUCAUGUAGAUGUGCUUGAGUUUUUUCCCAAACUGGAUCUCAGCACUUGCAAUGUAGGCCUUCAAUUUCUCUGCAGUUCCUACCUUGUCUUUCAUUGUCAUACAAUACCUAAAAUAGUCUGCAAAAAAUAUUAGUAUUAUGCCCACAAGACAUUGACUGUAUUGAAACACAUAUAACUGAGUAAAUGAUUUCUAGAGACUUUACUGAGUUUCUGUGACUCUAUUUGAAAACAGGGGGUCUUAUACCUUGCCUUAUGCCUUUUUCUCUUGCCAAACAUUUACUCUGUAGAUCAGAAAUCGCUUUGAUGCUACAGAUAGAUACAGUUUGAUCAAUUCUUGGCUCUCUGGUCAAUGUCACCAUUUACUUCUUGUGUGUUACUAAUACUAUACCACUAAGCCUAAUAAACUAUUACUUCCAAAGCCUUUUUAUUUGGUAUUUUACAUUUAUUGCAAUUGACGUUUUCAUUGAAUCCACGCUUGGUUAAUGCUGAACACAGAGUACAUUAUCUGUAAGUUUAGGGAUGUAAAUUACUCUCUGCAUUAUUUUAUUUAAAUAUAUUUAAUGAUUCUAUGAAUGAAAUAGGCUGGGAAUCAUGGGAGUUGUAGUUCAGCAACAUCUGGAGGGCCAGAGUUUGGGGAAGACUGGUAUAGACAGUCUGUUGCCAUUAGCAAUGUUCACCCUUUCUGUAAAAUUAUUGGCUAAUUUUGAAGAAAUUAGAAUAUUUGCACGUAUGGUGUUGCAUAUAUUCCAAUGAUUUUUAAAAACUGUAUCUGCCUUUUGCUGAACAAUAAAAUAAUAGAGGCUUAUAGUAGAGGCUUUUCUUGACUUUGAUGUCCUCAUGCAUGGGAUAGGAAUUAGGCUGCCCUAGACCUAAGAUAAGGCCAGGGACUAGAUAGGUCAAACGGUUCUGCCAUCACAUUCUAUGUUUCUCUUUUAAACAAUUUCUAACAAGAUGAGAUUUAUCUCCACAAAUACAUAAUUAUUUCAUGUUGUCCUUUUUGUUUGCAAAUGUAUUCCUUGGCUACUGUGAUAAGCUGAUUUGAUUCUUCUGAUAUCCUUCUCAGUGUUUUGUAUUGGAAAUACGUGUGUACGUUACCCUUUCCUGCAUUUUCAGCUUUCCUGACUGAAUGUAACAUAUUUUUCAGAGUUUGUAGUGCACAAACGAAUGAAUAUUAAUUUUCUGAAAUACUUGAUACAAUCAUAAUCAUUGUAUUCAUAAAACUUAUUUCCAAUAGAAUUGAAGUGAUCAAUUAACUCAGACAUAUGAUUCAGAUGUUUCUCUAAGUAUCUAUCCCCAGACAACUUCAUAUUGAACAGUUUUCUUGAUAAAGUCCUUUAUUUAGACUGCAUCUUCUAUACUUUUCUUCUAAGUCUUCACGUAACUUCUUUGAAAUCGCUGAUUUAAAAGUGGAGAUCGCUGCUCUAUUUUUGCUGUCCUUUUUCUCCUACUUGAUUAUUUUUUCCAUCAGCGUUAAACGGUAAUUCUUUCAUAGCAUUUUAGAGGUCUUUUCUCAAAAGCUCAUUCGGCAUUUUGAAUUUCCAUACAAGGAAAUUUGUACAGGCACAGCAGCUGCCAUAACAUUCGCAGCUCUAGUGCAUGUGGCCAUCCUUUUAGCUUUGUCCAGCAGCAGCAUGUAGAGGUAGGUCAGGACACACAUAUAAAAAUCUGAAAUACAGAGGCUACAAGAGAGGAAGAAAAGAAAGAGAAGACACCAUACUUCCUUUCCAGCACCAUAGAAACCAUAGAACACAUAGUAACUACUCCAAUACAUUCACAUCAGACACUACUGAUUUUUCCUAACAGUGAUCAAGGGCCAGCUGCUAGACCUCAGCAACUUGUAAUGACUAUGCAAUCUAAAGUCUUGUCCUGCCACAUCUUCUGACCUCUGUUACUACACUUCUGACAAGCAAUAAGAAGCUCGCUAUAUGGUAGCUUCCGGAAAGGUGCACAUCUUAUUUAUGAGCUGACAGGUGUACGCAAUACUUGGUAAAAUAAAAGUGGUUAACAGAGGUGUAUGCAGGAAGCAACAUGGUUUGUAUGUAAUCUGUACUCUAUGGAGAAAAGGUAUAGGUAAAACUGCAGCUUUAUUAACAUGUCAGAUGGGUGCUUUCUCCAAAUUCCCAUCUGGCAUAUGGCUGCACUGAUACUGCACUUUUCAUAUAACAUUUGAAAACAGAAUAAUCCAGGGCUUAAUAUAACCACCAAGCCCUUCCAAUCAAUAUGUUUGGGGCAAUAUGAAUCAAAGCCAGAGCCCAGUCAUUCUCUUCUUACUACAAUGUGAUUAUUAUAAUUAUAUGGAAGACUGCUGUCUUUUCUUUUAGUGUAUUAGAAACAUAGAAUGUGAAGGCAGAAGAACCAUUCGGCCCAUCUAGUCUGCCCAAUUUUCUAAAUACUUUCGUUAGUCCCUGGCCUUAUCUUAUAGUUAGGAUAGCCUUAUGCCUAUCCCCUGCAUGCUUAAACUCCUUUACUGUGUUAACCUCUACCACUACCCUCUCAGUAAAGUAAUACUUCCUGAUAUUAUUUUUAAACCUUUGUCCCUCUAAUUUAAGACUAUGUCCUCUUGUUGUGGUAGUUUUUCUUCUUUUAAAUAUAGUCUCCUCCUUUACUGUGUUGAUUCCCUUUAUAUAUUUAAAUGUUUCUAUCAUAUCCCCCCUGUCUCGUCUUUCCUCCAAGCUAUACAUGUUAAGAUCCUUUAACCUUUCCUGGUAAGUUUUAUCCCGCAAUCCAUGAACCAGUUUAGUAGCCCUUCUCUGAACCCUCUCUAAGGUAUCAAUAUCCUUCUGAAGAUACGGUCUCCAGUACUGUGUACAAUACUCCAAGUGAGGUCUCACCAGUGUUCUGUACAAUGGCGUGAGCACUUCCCUCUUUCUAUUGCUAAUACCUCUCCCUAUACAACCAAGCAUUCUGCUAGCAUUUCCUGCUGCUCUAUUACAUUGUCUGCCUACCUUUAAGUCAUCAGAAAUAAUCACCCUUAAAUCCCUUUCCUCGGAUGUUGAGGUUAGGACUCUAUCAAAUAUUCUGUACUCUGCCCUUGGGUUUUUACGUCCAAGAUGCAUUAUCUUGCACUUAUCCACAUUAAAUGUCAGUUGCCACAAUUCUGACCAUUUUUCUAGUUUACCUAAAUCAUUUGUCAUUUGGCUUAUCCCUCCUGGAACAUCAACCCUGUUACAUAUCUUAGUAUCAUCAGCAAAAAGACAUACCUUACCAUCAAGACCUUCUGCAAUAUCACUAAUAAAAAUAUUAAAGAGAAUGGGUCCAAGUACAGAUCCCUGAGGUACCCCACUGGUGACAAGCCCAAGCUUCGAAUAUAUUCCAUUAACUACAACCCUCUGUUGCCUGUCACUCAGCAAUUGCCUUACCCAUUCAACAAUAUUGGAAUCCAAACUUAAAGAUUGCAGUUUAUUGAUAAGCCUUCUAUGUGUAACAGUGUCAAAAGCCUUACUGAAAUCUAGGUAAGCAAUGUCUACUGCACCACCCUGAUCUAUAAUUUUAGUUACCCAAUCAAAAAAAUCAAUAAGAUUAGUUUGGCAUGAUCUCCCUGAAGUAAACCCAUGUUGUCUCUGAUCUUGAAAUCCAUGUGUUUUUAGAUGUUCAACAAUCCUAUUCUUUAACAUGGUUUCCAUCACUUUCCCCACUACUGAAGUAAGGCUUACUGGCCUAUAGUUGCCUGACUCCUCCCUAUUACCUUUCUUGUAAAUGGGCACAACAUUCGCUAACUUCCAAUCUUCUGGGACUACUCCUGUUAACAAUGAUUGGUUAAAUAAAUCUGUUAAUGGUUUUGCUAGUACACCACUAAGCUCUUUUAAUAGCUCUGGGUGUAUUCCAUCAGGUCCCAUUGACUUAUUUGUCUUUACUUUUGACAGUUGAAAUAGAACCUCUUCCUCUGUAAACUCACGUGUAAUAAAUGACUAAUUUAUCCUUUUUCUCAACUGAGGUCCCUUUCCUUCAUUUUCAUCUGUAAAUACAGAACAAAAAUAUUCAUUGAGGCAGUCAGCCUAGACCUUUAUCCUCUUCUACAUACCUUCCUUCUUUUGUUUUUAAUCUAACUAAUCCUUGUUUUACUUUUCUUUUCUCAUUUAUGUAUCUAAAAAAAGUUUUGUCCCCCUUUUUUACUGACUGUGCUAUUUUCUCUUCUGUGUGUGAUUUGGAAGCUCUUAUAACUUGCUUAGCCUCUUUCUAGCUAAUCUUAUAGAUCAUUUUGUCUUCCUUAUUCUGUUUUUUUUUUUAUAAUUACUAAAUGCUAACUUUUUGUUUUUAACUAUUUUGGCCACAUCUGCAGAGUACCACAGUGGUUUCUUGAAUUUUUUGCUUUUACUGACAAGCCUAAUGCAAUUUUCUGUUGCCUUCAGUAGUGCAACUUUUAAAUAAUCCCAUUUCCUCUUGGGCUCCAUUUAAAUUGCUCCAGUCUGAUAAUGACUCCUCUACACAUAUUCUAAGUCUAAAACUUUUGUUUUUGUGUGGUGUGACUCGGUCACUGUUCUUAUAUUAAACCACACUAACUGAUGAUCACUGGAUCCUAAACUUUCACCUACAGUAAUAUCUGAUAUAUUGUGUGUUUGUAUAUAUGAUCUACAUAUCUAUAUAAUACACAUUUUCUCUAAUGUUCUCCCUUCUAUUUUUCACAUUAACACUAACUUCUGUCAUUACUAAAAUAUCCCUAUCCUUUCACUCACCUGUCCCUGGCAACAUCAUCAUCAUUACUUCCACCUUACUCCCCUCCCCUCUCUAUUCAUCCCAUGCACUCUACACAUACCUUUCCAGCCUAUCUCCACCGACUCUUUCCAAAUCCUCCACAUACAUACCCUCCUACAAAACUUUCAAAUCCUACUCCCACCUUUACUUCCUUUCUAUCCUUCUGCUCCUAGCAGCUGGUGAUGUCUCUCCAAACCCCGGUCCCCUCUCAACAAACUCAGCACAUACUAACCCAAGGAUCCACACUAAUCUCAUACCCAUCUCUUGUUCCUCUAAAUCCUCCUUCAAUACUGCCCUCUGGAACGCACGCUCUGUUUGCAAUAUAACUAAAUCCACUGCUGUCCAUGACGACUUCAUCUCUCGUUCAAUAGAUUUACUAGCCUUAACAGAAACCUGGCUCUCCCCCUCUGACACUGCCACCCCUGCAUCUUUGUCCUUCGGUGGUCUCCAACUUACCCACACCCCAAGAAACUCUGAAUGUAAAGGUGGUGGUGUUGGGUUUCUCCUCUCCCCUCACUGCUCUUUUAAUCCUCUUCCCACCCCCCCUUCCCUCUCUUUCCCGUCAUUUGAAAUACACUCAAUUCGCCUUUUCAAACCCUUCGCUGCUAACAUUGCUGUUUAUUUACCGUCCCCCUGGUUCCCCUCUUCCCUUCCUUGACCAUUUUGCUGCCUGGCUACCCUAUUUCCUCUCUUCUAACAUCCCAUCCCUAAUUCUCGGGGACUUCAAUAUUCCUAUAAACCCACCUUUGACCGCUGCAGCCAAUAAACUACUUUCAAUUACUUCCUCCCUCGGGCUAUCACAGUGGGCAAAUUCUCCCACCCAUGUAGCUGGCAAUACCCUUGACCUAAUCUUCACUUAUGCAUGUACAGUAUCUAAUAUCUGCAACACUCCCUAUCCUCUCUCUGAUCACCACCUCUUAUCGUUUGCUCUCACGUACCCCCUCACCCAACAACCUCCGCCUAACCAGCCUCAACUCAGGAGGGACCUUAAUUCUCUUGAUCUCCAAAAGUUGUCAGCUGACAUUGAUCCACAACUGCUGUCCAUCCCUUCCCUAUCCUGUCCUUCACUGGCCAUCUCCAUAUAUAACUCUACUCUUACAUCUGCCUUGAACACUGCAGCGCCACUCCAAGCAAGCACCUCAAGGAGAACCCGCCCCCAACCGUGGCAUACUAAAUCAACGCGCUACCUGCAAAGAUGCUCCCGGUGUGCUGAACGCUCCUGGAGGAAGUCUCGCACCCAGUUAGACUUUCUCCACUAUAGAGGGGGACUUUCUCCACAAUGAAGGGGGAAGUUAUCAUCAUGGGUGACUUUAAUCUUCCUGAUGUGAAUUGGAAAACAAAAAUAGAUGCUUGUGCCAGGAGCACACAUAUUCUAAACUCCCUACUGGGAUUGUCUCUAAAACAAGUCGUUGAGGAGCCAACUCGUAAAGAGGUCAUACUAGAUUUAGUAUUAACAAAUGGAGAUUUGGUAUCAUUAUUAUUAUUAUUAUUAUUGCCAUUUAUAUAGCGCCAACAGAUUCCGUAGCGCUUUACAAUAUUAUGAAAGGGGAUUUAACUAUAAAUAGGACAAUUACAAAUAUACUUACAGGAACAAUAGGUUGAAGAGGACCCUGCUCAAUCGAGCUUACAUUCUAUAGGAGGUGUACUGUGUUCAUACAGUGCAGCCCUUGCCCUUGCCAAACAGUCCUAUUUUUCCUCUCUCAUUAGUUCAUGUUCCCGCAACCCCAGGCGUCUCUUUGACACCUUUAAUUCUCUUGUUCGCCCCGCUGUGGCCACCCCCCAAACCAACCUUACUGCUGAUAACUUUGCAUGUUACUUCACUGACAAAAUUGAACAGCUAAGGAAAGAAUUCUCCCCUCCUUGCCUUUCUGUUUCUCAAUCUCACAUUGAUCAUGCCUUUCCUACCCUUCAGACAUUCUCCCCAGCCACUGACCAAGAGGUGGCUGCUCUUCUUUGCUCCUCUCGCCCCACCACUUGCCCGCUCGAUCCUGUCCCGUCUCACCUUAUCAGAUCUCUCUCCGCUUGUCUCGUGCCUUCUCUAACACACAUCUUCAACUGCUCGCUCUCUUCUGGCAUCGUCCCUGCUGACCUUAAACAUGCCACUGUAGUACCUAUACUAAAAAAACCAUCCCUUGACCCGUCCACCCCCUCUAACUACCGCCCCAUAUCCCUGCUCCCUUUUUCCUCAAAGCUUCUGGAAAGACUCGUCUUUACCCGUGUGUCUCAUUUCCUCAAUUCCAACUCUCUCCUUGACCCCCUUCAAUCUGGCUUCCGCCCUCUCCACUCUACAGAGACUGCCCUUAUCAAAGCUACUAACGACCUAAUCGCAGCUAAAUCCAAAGGCCACUACUCCAUACUAAUUCUUCUUGACCUCUCGGCGGCCUUUGACACCGUUGAUCAUGCUCUCCUUCUUCAAACUCUGCAAUCGCUUGGUCUCUGUGACUCUGUCCUCUCAUGGUUUUCCUCUUAUCUCUCGCAACGCUCAUUCAGUGUCUCUUUUUCUAAUGAUACCUCCUCCCCUCGCCCUGUCUCGGUUGGAGUCCCCUUCUAUUUUCUCUUUACACUGCCUCUCUUGGCAAACUUAUUACCUCAUUUGGUUUCCAGUACCACCUGUACGCUGAUGACACCCAGCUAUAUCUCUCCUCCCCGGACCUCUCCCCUGCUGUCCUGCAACGUGUCACUGCUUGCCUUUCUUCCAUCUCUGACUGGAUGUCCUCCCGCUUUCUGAAACUCAAUCUCUCAAAAACUGAGCUCCUUGUCUUUCCUCCUCCUAAUACUGAUCCUACUCUUUCGCUCUCCCUUCAAGUUUGUGGUACCAACAUCAGCCCAUCCUUGCAAGCGCGCUGUCUUAGCGUCAUACUUGACUCUGGUCUCACCUUUAAGCCUCACAUCCAGCAUGUUGCCAAAUCCUGUAGAUUCCAUCUUAAAAACAUAGCCCGCAUCCGCCCCUUUCUUGCACCAGAUACUACCAAGGAGCUUGUCCAUGCUCUAAUAAUUUCACGCAUGGAUUAUUGUAACCCUCUCCUGCUUGGUCUUCCUAAAAGCCUUUCUGCACCCCUACAGUCUGUAAUGAAUGCUGCUGCUAGACUGAUUUUCCUCUCUAGUCGGUUCUCUCACACCUCACCCCUCUGCCAGUCCUUACAUUGGCUUCCUGUGUGCUAUAGGAGUCAAUUCAAGGCACUAACUCACACCUAUAAAGCACUGAACAACUCUAGCCCCUCUUAUAUCUCCUCACUGAUCCACAGGUAUGUCCUUUCUCGGUCUCUCCGCUCUGCCCGUGACCACCUCCUGUCCGUUGUCCGCACCCGUACGGCCAACUCGCGCUUGCAGGACUUCUCGCGGGCGGCUCCCUUCCUAUGGAAUAGCCUGCCUACCGCCAUCCGACUCUCCCCUAGUCUUGCAUCUUUUAAGAAGUGCCUUAAAACCCAUUUCUUUAGGAAAGCUUAUGGCCUCCAAGACUAACCCCUACCUCACAUACCCAUCUCUUGCCCUCUCCUAAAGGGCAGCCCACCUUAUUUGAUUGUACAUUCCUGUCCUAAUGUGUCUUACACCCCACCUCCUAUAGAAUGUAAGCUCGAUUGAGCAGGGUCCUCUUCAACCUAUUGUUCCUGUAAGUAUAUUUGUAAUUGUCCUAUUUAUAGUUAAAUCCCCUUUCAUAAUAUUGUAAAGCGCUACGGAAUCUGUUGGCGCUAUAUAAAUGGCAAUAAUAAUAAUAAUAAUAAUAAUAAUGAUACCAAAUCUCCAUUUGUUAAUACUAAAUCUAGUAUGACCUCUUUACGAGUUGGCUCCUCAACGACUUGUUUUAGAGACAAUCCCAGUAGGGAGUUUAGAAUAUGUGUGCUCCUGGCACAAGUAGCUAAUUUUGUUUUCCAAUUUACAUCAGGAAGAUUAAAGUCACCCAUGAUGAUAACUUCCCUCUUCAUUGUCAUUUUAGCUAUUUCCUCAACUAGUAGAUUAUCUAACUCUUCAAUUUGUCCUGGGGGCCUAUAAAUCACACCUACACGAGUUACUGUGUGAUUACCAAAUUCUAACGUAGCCCAAACGGACUCUAUGUUUGCCUCACUAACUUUUAUUAGGCUAGAUUUUAUACUAUCCUUCACAUACAAGGCCACCCCUCCCCCUUUCUUGCCUUCCCUAUCUUUCCUAUAUAAAGAGCACCCUGGUAUUGCUAUGUCCCAGUCAUUUUUCUCAUUAUACCAUGUCUCAGAAACAGCGACUAAAUCUACACUAUCAGUUGCCAUUAUUGCCACAAGUUCAUGAAUCUUAUUCCCUAAACUGCGAGCAUUUGUAGACAUGACUCUAAGCUUAUCAUUUUUUAACACACUUGCUACAGGCACCUUCUUUCCUUGUUUUGGGGGACAAUUGGAUUGAUGUUUUAUCACCCUUUUGCCCCCCCUCCUAGUUUAAAUACAUCCUAGCAAAACCUCUGAACUGCUCACUGAGAACAUUUGUUCCCUUUUGAGAAAGAUGCAAACCAUCUUUUUUGUACAGGUUAUUUCCAUUCCAAAUAGAGCUACCAUGAGAAAUAAAGCCAAAUCCUUGCUCCCGACACCAUUCACCAAGCCACAAAUUAAAGUCCCUAAUACACAUCCGCCUGUCAUUCUGAGUGUUAUGCACAGGCAGAACUUCAGAGAAUGACAGUGUGGAAGCAACCUGCCGUAUAUCAUUGGCAAAAACACUAAAAACUUCCUUAACCUCUGAAACCUCAUUGCAAGCCAAGUCAUGUGUCCCUAGAUGGACAAGUACAUCCAAUUCCCCUUCCUGCUUUGCUCGCUUAACAAUAUUACAGAUACGUCUCCUGUCUCUGUGAGCAGUAGCUCCGGGAAGACACCUCACAAGACCACCAUUGUCCAUCUCCACACCUCUUAUAAUGGAAUUCCCCAACAACAACUGCUUUCUAUUAGGCCUCACCAUAGUCUCCAAGCCGGUCUCCACAACACCACUAGUCUCAGUGCCUCUCUCCACAACACCACUAGCCUCAGUGCCUCUCUCUACAACACCACUAGCCUCAGUGCCUCUCUCCACAACACCACUAGCCUCAGUGCCUCUCUUCACAACACCAUUACACUCUGAAAGUGCAGAAAAUGAAUUAUGAAGAGCAACAGACUGUGCAAUAUGCCUUUUAUCCACAACUCUAAGUCUACCAGAUCCUACAGUAAUCCAUCUGCCAUUCCUAGUAUGUCUCUGCGGCAGUGGCUUUGCAGCAGUUCCAGUCUGAGUUUGUUUACCAGAUAAUUUACAAAUCUCAGACUUCAAGAAUACAAUCUCCUGCCACAAGAUAGAGAACUGUCUACAGAUUAGACAACAACCAAACCUCCAAAAAGUGGAACGUGAAACAAAUGCAUAGCAACUAUUACACUGAACUAAGUCUGCCAUUCCAAUGAGGUGAAUAAAUUAAAUCAAACAAAUCUUAACUUUUUAUUUAUCCUUCUGAAUACCUCAGAUUACCUCAGAUUACCUCCAGAAUAUCUCCAACCACACACUUAGAAGCAACACUUAGAUGAAGUAACCAAGCUAUAUUAGUCAUAUCUCUAUCUAUAGUCCUCUGACAAGGAUUCAGAAAAGGUUUGCGUGUAUGUUAUCUCUAGCUCUAUAGUUAUAACUACGACAUGAACAGCACUUGAAAUGGGAUGAAACAAAUUAACGACUAAUUCACUAAUUAAAUCACAGGAAACAAAAAGUUACUGUAAGUGGUUGCAUAAUUAUAAUGGGAAUGGCUGGAUGAAAAUGAAACAAUAUGGGAUUGAAAGGUAUCAGAAGUAUGACGGAACAAAGACACAUAUAGCAUAUAUGCUAAAGAUGUACGCAUAUAGAUACAAAUAUUACUGAAGAACUAAGGGUGCUUGUUUUGUACGAUAUACAGGGUUAUUUACUAAAGUGGGACUUCUAAGUGAAAUUCAAAUUUAAGGCCAGAGUAGCAAAACUUAAAGUUUCUUUUUUUCAAUUCAGCUAUUUUGACCUUAAAUUUGAAAUUGUAUUUCAAAUUUGCACAAGGAUGGGCUGUUACCCUGUUAGUUAUUUUAUUUGUUUAUCAUAUAUGAGUCCGUCAAGGUACAACCAGGUCGGUCAUGUAUAUCAAACGACUGCAGAUAUGGAAGUACAUAUAUGGCACAAAUAUGUGAAGUUCGGCUUAUAUAGUGUUGCAUACCUUGGACACGUGCCAGAUUGCAAAUAAAUAAUAAUGGAAAAAAUACAAUAGUCCAGGGCUAUUUUGCUAGGUAAGUUGCUACAAGCUCCCUUCUCCACUUCCUUUAUACUAAAUCCAGCCGGCACCAUUAUUGUGACCUUUCAGCUAUGCCACACAUGUACCACCAUUCCUGCACAUUUUGGGCAUACAUGAAUAAUGUAGGACAAUAGCAACUCACCUUUGACUAUUUAAUCCUCUUUUAUACCCAGCUAUAUGCUCUGUUGUGGUUUAUUUUAGGCUUAAUAGUUCUUUUUCGCUUGUCUGUCCUGGUAUUGAACUUGGCUUGGCUUGUCUUAUGCCCAUUCCCAUUGCAGUUUCUAUCAUUUUGCCUCUCUAUAGACUUUUCAUUAAGUCUGGUAAUUCUAAGGUCCAAUAACUGUCCUGUGUUUAUAAUGUUCAAGAUUUUUUUUUUUUUUGAUUCAGGUUCUAUGUUUUGAAUCAGGGGUUGGCAACCUUUGGCAUUUCAGGUGUUUUGGAUUAUGUCUCCCAUGAUGCUUUACCAGCAUUAUGGCUGUAAGAGCAUUAUGGGAUAUGUAGUCAACAACAUCUGGAGUGCUGAAGGUUGCUUACCUCUGCCCUAGGUUAUUGUUACAAAUACAGAAAUUCACUCAAACAUUAAAUCUAACAGUGUGCAAAUACAGCAAUAAAAGAAUCUGCAUAGGAGCUUUACCAGUCAUUUAGUGGUUUAUAUAGGGGCCUCAACUCUUCAUGACUUAAUCAGGGUUAUUAAAGUCUCAAAUUCACUUUCCUCAUACUUAUAUCUAUUCACUUGUUCUAUUUUCUAAGCAUACAACAACCAACAGGGUGAUAUAAAUUAUCAUAGGAAGAAAGUCAUUUAAUUUACACAUAAAAUUAUAGAAACUUGGAGCGAAGUAAAACAUAUAAAUGUGAAGAGAAUCAAUUUACUGCUGUGGAUUUAAUGUUGUAUUUGCGCUUCGUCUUUUUUAAUCUGCAUAUUUUUAGAUUUUAGAGGCAAUAAUGUUGUUGUACAUGCAGUAUUACACUAUAUGCACGUAUGUCCUGUAUAUUUAUAUGGAAGUAGGCCCUGCCAGAGGCUACACUAACAUUGAGUGCUUGGUAAAAUAACCUACCAAUGUAUGCACUUCCAUUCCUGCCAUUUGACAUACAUUAAACUCUUGAAUAGUAUUCACUGCCUCAAGAUAGAAUUGAUUAGUCACAAUCUCAAAGGUUACAUUCCCUUUUGCAUGAACUAUUUAUAACAGUAAGUAUGCACAGUUUUCAUCAUGUGCAUAAUUUCCAACUAAGAUAUAUUGUGUUUGUUAGCAUUUGUCAAGUUAUUGUAUAUUGUUUUUGUUUAGGUGGUCCUCCUUUAUGCUUCUACCUAUGUGCUAGUGUCACUUAGCAUUGACAGAUACCAUGCCAUUGUCCACCCAAUGAAGUUUCUUCAAGGAG